UGUUUUCGCUGUGUUGAGAGGGAAGCGCUUUGGUUACCAGUGGUUACAGCAAUGGCGGCGGACGGUGAGCAACGUGCGGCCUCUGAAGUCUUUCAGGCCAUAGCUCGGCACCUGAACUGCCUGAAUGACGACAAUAAGUUUAGCAGAAGGAAAGCGCUGGGGGCUAUCCAGCAGGAGGCCCAGGAUAAGAGGCUGUCCAGCGUGGCCCUCCAAGAGGUGUUCGGGGAGCUGCUCAAACCGCUGCUCAAGUGCCUGUCAGACCCCAUGGAGAAGUGCAGGGAGCUGGCCACCCAGAUCGCCAGUCACUGUGUGAGUAACGUGCCCAACCCCGAGGAGGCCCUGCCCUACCUGAUACCAGCCAUCACACAGAGACUGGGGAGCCCUGAGAUCGUGGAGCCCACAGAGGAGCUCAGGCUCGCCUUGACAGAGCUCCUGGCCCUACUCAUCGAAGUGUGUGGGGGGAGAAAGCUGGCCCCUUACCUGGAUGAUCUGAUCAGGAUAUUACAAAGAACCAUCACGGAUCCUUUCCCAGAGGUGAAGAAAGAAAGCUGCAAAUGUGCCACAAGCCUUGCCAAGUGUAUGCCAGGUAGUAUACAUAAAGUAAGGGUGGUGGGGAGGGGGUUUACAGGAAAGAUGUGGGGUUUUUUAAGGCAUUAAGCAGGCAUGGCUAACAUUCGUCAAUACAGCAAUUGACAUUUAUUUUUUAAACAUGCUCAGCCAGCCUUAGGUGAGUGUGAUAUGUGAUACGUACUUUGCAACAGCUGUAAAACAAGAAAAUAUUAUUUGUAAGGGUUGAAAUUUAAACUUUACAAUGCUAUAGAAGACAAUAAGAGAAGAGGUGAUGCCUUUUAUUGGAGUAUAGGCAUACAAGAAUAUCUAAUAACUCUUGUAGACCUGCCUUCCUUAUUCUCUGGUCCUUAUGCUUGCAUUCAGUACUCGCAGGCAUAGACAACCUUCGGCACUGCAGGUGUUUUGGAUUACACCUCCCUUAAAGGUACUCUCCAGUGGCAGGAAACCAUAUCCGGACUCUGCAGUGCCCCUCUCCCUCCCACCCCACUCUCAUGUUGCUGAAGGUUAAAACCCCUUCAGUGACUUGCAUGAAUCCAGCGCCGAUGUCCCUUGGUGCUAGGUCAGGCUCCUCCCCCGCCGGCGGGGGAGACCUAAUGCUCAUGCGCGGCAAUGGACGCAAGCACACAUUAGACCUCCCCAUAGGUUACGGCGACGCUGAAGGUCCUCAUACAGAGCGUGUGGAUGUCCAGCGUGACUUACCUGAAUCCAGUGCCAAAGUCUCUCGGGGCUAGGUCAGGCCCCUCCCCCUCCGACGGGGGAGACCUAAAAGUGUAAGAGCAUUAUGUGGGAUGUAGUCCAUAACAUCUGGAGUGCCGAAGGAUGCAUAUACCUGGCUAUAGACCACUGUUUUGAUCAGUACACAACUUUGCAACGAAAAGUCAGAAAAAUGUAGUAUAGUGAUACUUGUUUAUGCUGGGACAGAUUUACUAGUAAAUGCAAUUCAGCCAUUUGAUAAUGCAUAGUUCUCAAAAUGAAGUGCUGCCACCCACCUUUUGUGUUUUUAAAUUGCUAAAAUUGUCUGCCAGCUGAAAAUGGAGUAUUCUAGAACUUCUAUAACAACUACCUACUUUCGGAAUGCAGUUGUAUGUCCAGUAUUACAGCCUAAGUAAAUAAAGCUUAUGUGACCUCUUAUCAUAAGGAAUUUAUACCUUACUAUAAGAGUAAGAUACUAGUUGUAGUAUUAAGACGUUCCUGUUGCUAUAAGGCAUGAUUAUCAGGCAUUUAGUUCAACCGUCAGGUUUUGUUGGACUACAUUUUUUCAUAGCUCUUUACUAGGUUAGGCGGGAAAUGAAUUAUGAAUAGGUGCUGGUUAGUGUUGCUACAUACACUGCAAGUGCUCCAAAAAGUAUGAAAUACAAAACAAAUCUGGUGUAUUUAAAGUAAUAGGACUCACAAGGGCUGUAAAUUAGAGACGCUAUAGUCACCAAAACUGCUUUAGCUUUAUGAAGCAGGUAUAGUGUAUAGAUCAUGCUCCUGCAGUCUCACUGCUCAAUUAUAUGUCAUUUAGGAGUUAAAUCAUUUUUGUUUCUGUUUAUGCAGCCCUAGUCACACCUCCCCUGGCCAAUAAAAUUGGUUUCACUUUCAAUCAGAUGUAACUUACUUUAAAAGUUUUUAUCUUCUGCUCUGUAAAUUGAACUUUAAUCACACACAGGAGGCUCCUGCAAGGUCUAGCAAGCUAUUAACAGUGAAGGAGAUAAGAAAUAAACAGAAUUUACAAUAAAGCAAGUGUAAACAUUAGAUUACUCUUUACAGGAAGUGUUUAGGAAGGCUGUUUAAGUCACAUGCAGGGAGGUUCGACUAGGCUGUAUAAACAAAGUCAUUUAACUUCUAAAAAGCAGAGAAUUGAGCAGUGAGACUUCAGGGACACGAUCUAUACAUCAAAAUUGCUUCAUUAAGCUAAAGUUGUUUUGGUGACUAUAGUGUCCCUUUAAACUUAAAAGGGACAGUAUAGUCAUCAGCACAACUACAGCUUAUUGUAUUUGUUCUAGUGAGUUUAAUCAUUCCCUUUAGGCUUUGUGCAGUAAACACUCUUUUCAGAGAAAAUUUAGUGUUUACAUUACAGUAUAGAUAUACAUCCACUGACCACUCCUAAGAUGGCUACUAGGUGCUUCCUGGGGUAGUGCUGCAAAUUUGCAGCACUGCCAUUCAGUGUCUCUGCCCUCUGAAUGGUGACACUGAACUUUCCUCAUAGAGAUGCAUUGAUUUGAUGUACCUUUAUGAGGAAAUGCUGAUUGGCCAGGGCUGGUGUUUGACUUGUGUUGUCUCUGUCCAUGAACUGCCUCCUUGACAGUCCCAGCCAAUUCUAUGAGAAAGCAUUGUGAUUUGGCUCACAGAAUAACUUCUGAUGAUGUCAGCCAAGCAGGCAGGUCAAGGACAGAGCCAACAGAAACAUACUUGAAUAAAAGUAAGAUUUCACUAUAUUUAGGGGAGGCAGGCAGGGGGGCUAGAUUAUGUUUUUAACACUAUAGGGGCAGGAAUGCAUGUUUGUGUUCCAGACCCUAUAUUGUUCUUUUAAAUACACUAAGCACCAAAACAUUUUUAGCUUACUGAAGCAGUUCUGGUGUAUAGAUCUUGCCCCUGUUUCACUGCUCAGUUCUCUUCCAUUUUUGGGGUAAAGGCAUACUAUAUAGUGUCAGGAAUACAAAUGUUUAUUGCUGACACUAUAGGUCUAUAUAACAGUUUAGGUUGCCGGUCACAGCUUACCUCCGGUUACAAAGGUGAUCUACUUACCUUUUUCUAGCGUUGCACAGGUCCUGUCAUGGCUGGCAUCGCCCACGCUCUGCCCCCUUAGCUCAACAAUUUCCAUAGGAAAGCAUUGGGUGCCUAUCGCGCAUGAGCGGUAAAAUUACGUGCUGCACCUCCUCAUAGAGAUGCAUUAACUCACGAAAUCUCUGUGGGGAAGUUCAGAGUGUGGGGAUGCUGAACGUCCGUGUGACUGCCACUGAAGUUGUUGCCAGGCAAUAAUGUAAACAAUGCCUUUUUCCUAAAAAGGCAGUGUUUACAUUAAAGUGCCUGCAGAGACAUACUAUACUCUCCAGCCAAAAUAACUACAUUAAGUGUCCCUUUAAAUCCCUUUUGUUUCUGUUUAUACUGGCCUACUCACACCUACCCUGGCUGUGACUCACACAAUAUCCAUGAAAAAUAGGUUUUAUUUUCAGUUAAUUCAUACAGCACACAAUAUGAACUAUCAUGAUGAAUGGCAAAGGAUCUUGGAAGUGUCAGGUUUACAAUAUGUGGGGAUCUACCCUUUGUUCACCCAUUAGAAGUUCCUGUGCAAUAAGGAUGGUAAAAUAUGAUACUCUUUCAGGAAAUGUGUAGCAAGGCUGUGUGAUUCUCAGCUAGGGGAGGUGUGGCUAGAUCUGCAUAAACAAAAGUGAUUUGAAUCCUAAAUGCAAGAGUAUUGAGCGAUGAGACAGCAGGGCAUGAUCUAUACACCAAAACCCUUUAAUUGAAGGGACACUAUAGUCAGCUCAAUGUAGUUAUUCCGGUGAGUAUAGUAUGUCCCUGCAGGCUUUUUAUUGUAAAAAUUGCCUUUUCAAAGACAGUGUUUUCAUUACUAAAUUAUAAAGGAUCACACCCAAAAGAAAAAUUCUACAGCUUUAUUGCAAAUAUGUAAGAGGGGUAAGCAACUUUUGGCACUCCAGAUGUUUUGGACAUCAUCUCCCAUAAUGCUCUUACAGCCAUAAUGCUGGCAAUGCAUCAAGGGAGUUGUAGACCACAACAUCUGAGGUGCCGAAGGUUGCCUAUCCCUGAGUAGUACAUACCAGAUCCUCAUGAGACAUUAGACAAAUAAUAUCCCCAAACUAAAGAAAAAAAUAUGCUACCCCCAACAUUUCGGUAGAUAGCUUUUGUCAAGGGCUAUUUGCCGAAACAUUGGGGGUAUCAUUUUUCUUGUUUCGUUAGUGACCUGUGUAUCUCCCUUUUCUCUUAGUCUAUUAUGUUUAUAUUUGUUCUAUUUAUUUGGUAUGUAUUAUUUUCCUUUUAUGCUAGGUUUGUUUUUGUUUAGGUUUUUUUUUUCUGUUUUAUGCUUUAUAUUUUGGAUUGUUUAUACAUUUUUAUAUGAAUUGUGGUUUACCACCAAGUGUUAAGUUAGUGCAUUUGUUUAUGCUUUGGUUAUAUAUUGUCUUAUGUCUCAUGAGGGCCUAGUAUGUACUGCAAUAAAGCUGUUUAAUGUUUCUUUUGUGUGUGCUCCUUUAUGAUUUAGUUUGUGUACUUUUGACUCUGGGGAUAUAUAAUAUAUGAUUUUAUAUUAUAUGAUUUUCCUAUAGUAUAUUUUUCAUUUGUAUCAACCCGAACAUUCCCUGAUCACUAAAAUUACAAUUAUCUAUUCUGUUUCAGAACAUUUCCACAUGCAGUCGGAAUCUCUCAUUAAACCUUUGAUGCAGACCAUUUCACAUCAGCACUCCAAAGUUCGUAUGGCAGUUAUCCAUACAACAGGUGCAGUAAUCCAAUACGGUAAUGGGAAGUCAGUGGACGAUGUCCUAUCCCAUCUUGCACAAAGGCUUUUUGAUGAUGCCCCUCAGGUAAUGUCUUAUUUCUCAUUUAUUGUAUUAUUUCGUACAGCCGUACUUACAAUCUACGAAUAUGUAACCUAUGUGAACAGAUGUACAAACUACACAUAUACCACUUUAAUAAAUUGCAGCAUUUGAACAAUCAGAUAUUACUGUAUUAGUUUGGGCAACGUCAUUGCCAACUGACAGGCGUGCACGUUCUGAUAAAAUAUAUCAUAUCCUGUUGUUUGUCUGUUGCUAUCGAAUUAGAUGAUGACCUUCAGUGAUCUCAAAAAAUCUGUGUGGUAAGGUCUUCCUCUGCCAGUUUAACCCCCCAAAAAGAGUCUGAGUAUUCAAACCAUUUCAAUACAAUACCCCACAUUCCUCUCCUACGCAACUUGACGUUUAUAAGGUUUUGAGUUGUUCCAUUCUCAGAUUUGAUGUGUUUGUGAUGAGCGAGUGGGAAUAGGUACAGCUUGCCAAAAAGGAAGCUCUCUUUAUAUUCCUUUCGUGGGUUGUUGGGUAUAACACGCAUUGCGCGCCAGCAAAUACUUCUUACUUUCGUCCAACAGUUUCAUCAUUAGGACGUGUUCAGUUGAAAAACAAGCUGUUAUUUUUGUAUUGCAAACAUGUAGCAUUAAUUGGGGGAGAAGAUUUCCAUUCACUCAAUUGACAAUGCAUUGCUUCCAAUUUAUGUCUUAGAAUGAGACUAGUAUGGUACUAUUUCGUAAACACGUUUGUGUGUGUGUAUAUGUGUGUGUGUGUGUAUGUAUGUAUGUGUGUGUGUUUAACAUUUAACCCCAACACUGCACAUCCCAUAUAAUAUCAAGUAAUAUAAAUAUAUAAUCUUUACACCUAUCUUAAAAAUCUAACUAAAAUCAUGUAUACUAAAUCCUAAAGGAACCCUGUAGUGUUGGGAAUACAAACCUGUAUUUCUAAAACUAUAGUGCUUCUGUCCUUAGUUGUAAGUAUCCCUCGGUUUGCUAUAAAAUAAAAGUUUUACUUACCUUUUUUUCAGCACUGAGGCUCCCUCAACAUUGGUCACCUGCUUGGAUGUCAUCGAGGAGGCAUGGCUUCUUCUGGCGAUGGUCCAAUCCAAUGUUUCUUCUGGAGGAGCAUUGUAAACCUAAUGCACAUGCGUGGUGCGAGCAUUCUAGCUUCUCCAUAGGAAAGCAUUGUAUUCAGUGCUUUACUAUCGGCUUUCUCUUCAAGUUUUACUUAGUGCAGCGAAAGUGCCUCUAGUGGCUGUCAGUAUGACCGCAAUUACGGAAGUAUUUCACCUUGCAGAUAUUGAAAAAUAAUUUCAAAAAAACUGCAGUAUUUUAUUUUGCAGAGUUAAAAGGACGGUGCCAGUGCACCUAGCCCAUUUUAUUGAGUUGAAGUGGUCUGGAUAGCUUAACUUAAUUCUCUGUAAUAUGAAAGAUACAUAACAGUAAAUGGAGGAAAAUAAUGCAAUCAAGACAAUUGUAAACCACUCACUCUGUCCAUCACACACUAUGCCAUGUAAUCAUCUAGUGUUAAAUAAGACUUUCAUUUAUAUUCACCAUUUGUUUUAUCCAUAUCCCUUGUGUUAUUUAAGAAACUCAAGUUGACAACUGGGGCCCUUUAUGUCAAAAAAAAAAAAAAAGUAAAUAUAUAUAUAUAUAUAUUUACUUUUAUUAGCAAUUUCAUUUAUUCCUUACCCUAAAUUCACAUUUGAUUAGUUUCCAGGGUGAUCCAAGACAUGAAACGACAAAUAUAGCAUUAAGUUGUAUUUAGGUAAAAGUACAUUUGUUGCUAAGCAACUGAUUAGUGAAUGCUAUAAUUUCCCUUGGGUAUUCUUGUCUCAAAGAAAUGGUUUUUGAUUCCCAGUGAUUGCAUUACAUGCAGCUCGUAUUCUGCUGCAAUCAUACAAGUACAAUAGUUAAUUGAUAGACUAUAAUUACGCUUCAUUUUUCAGGUUCGCCAAGCUGUAACUAUUGUAAUCGGGGACUGGCUUUUGAACCUGCGGGAUAGAUAUUCAUACUUUCAUAAACUGAUACCUCUUAUGCUGAGCAGCAGUACAGAUGAAAUUCCUGAGAUUCGGUAAGGCGUGAGAAAAAAAAUUGUCCAUAAUCCAGCUUUUUAAAAAUAAAAUUUGUCAAUUGUUUGCUAUAUAAUUUUUAUAUUAUGUAGCUAUGAAGCAAUUUUUUUUUUUAAUCUUAACCAUUGUGGUAUUUGUACCCUCAAUUUAAUCGUUUAAUCUCUCCCAGACGUCAUUCAUUUAAAAAAAAAAAACAUAUUCCAAUACAACUAUUCACUUGUGCGUAAUUAAUAUCCUCAUGGGGAGUGGGUUUAAUAAACUAAUUUCAGACAUUCUCUUGACCUGUAUCCUCUCAUCAUGUUUGUUUUCAUCACUGUUUACCCUCUGGGAAACCCGUUCCUUGUUUAAAUUGUAAUACACACCACUCUUGCAUAGCUCAUUAAAAGAGAGACACGGACCCAAGAUCAACAGUUGAAUCUUAAUUUAAAAAUUAUGAUCAAGUAGGGGGAAUUACAAAUGGCCUCCAGAUUCCCUCCCACAUCUUAAGGGUGAGGAUGAAUUGUACUUUAUGAUGCAAACCGAAAUUUGUGUGGACAAUAAAUCAAACGUUAGAUAGUGUCCUGUUCAAGAACUUUCAAAAACAGGUUAAUGUGUUAAAAUGUCUAAAAAUAUGUCAACAUGUUAGUAUUAAAACAUGUAUGUGGGGUAUUCAGUAAACACAUCAUUCAGAGUAAAUUUAAAAGAGAAGAUAUGCAAAAUGUAGGGGGAAAAAAUAGCCAAAUUGGAAAAAUCCUUCAACUUGACUAUAGUUACUGGUAGGAUCCAUAAAGCCAAAAUUUUGCAAUCCAGCUUACAGAUUGGUGUUCCUUUAAUACAAAAUUUAAUCAUAGUGUUACAAAUAGAAAUGUGUAUUCCUAAUGUUUUUAGUGUCCUAGUCACUGUUUAGGUGACAUGCCAAUCGCUACCAGGGUCCAAAAUGGUAUUUUGCUCUCCUUUUCUCUUUCACAGUGCUGGUCUAUUUGGGGAAGCACUAUGUCUUUGGCUGAGAUCAUCUAGAACAAUGAUCUCAGCCAACCCAAUUUCCCGUAGGAAAGCAUUAGAGGGCUAGUGCGCAUACUGCACCAGUCAGAUGGUCUCUCUCACCAUCUAGUUGAAAUUGGGGAGUUUAAGUCCACUAUUUCGCUGAAGCGCUUCUAGUGACUCAGAAUGACAGUCACUAGAGGCAGGUUAAUCCUGCAAUGGAAAUAUUGGCAUCUCUGCGGCAAUGUUUUCAGCUACAGGAAUAAAUGGGGGGAAAAUGGCACCCAGACCAAUUUAUUGAGAUGAAGUGAUGUGGCUGCCUAUAGAGUCCCUUUAAGUGAACAAUACUCUUCCAAAUUUCUCUUUAUAUGAACUCAAUUGAUACAUACAAGAUCCAGCGCACUCGCUCGUUCAUUAAAUAUAAAUUUCAAGUAUCACAGAAUGUAGUAGUUUUAUUUAAAAACACCUUACCUAGGCAAAAUAUAAUGGGGUUUAGUUACACUAUAUGAUCAUACAUUGCAUAAGCCUGCCAUUGAUGACUUAUACUGUAACUAAACCCCCAUUAUUUGCCUAGGUAAGGUAUUUUUAAAGGGACACUAUAAUCACCAGCUUAUUGUAUUUGUUAUGGUGGGUAUAAUCAUUCCCUUCAGGCUUUUUGCUGUAAACACUGUCUUUUCAAAGAAAAUGCAGUGUUUACAUUACAACCUAGUGAUAACUCCACUGGCCAUUCCUCAGAUGGCUGCUAGAGAUGCUUCCUGGGUCAGUCAUGCACAGUGAGCAGCACUGCAUGCAGAGGGAGGAAACACUGGAUGGCAGACACCAAACUUUCCUCAUAGAGAUACAUUGAUUCAAUUCAUCUCUAUGAGGAGUUUCUGAUUGGCCAGGGCUGUGUCUGUACUGGCUCUGCCCCUGAUCUACCUCCUUGACAGACUCAGCCAAUCCUAUAGGGAAGCAUUGUGAUUGGUUCAUUCCACCACUUUUGAUGUCAGCAGACAGAUGAAGGUCUGGGGCAGAGCCAGCAACUGCAGACUUGAAUACAAGUAAGAUUUGUUUAGGAAGGCCUGAGGGUGCCAGGGGUGGCCAGAUGGAGGUUUUAACACUAUAGGGUCAGGAACACGUGUUCCUUUAAAGAAAACUAUUCCAUUAUGUGAGACUAGAAAUUGCUGUUUAGUGAAUGAGUGAGUGCACUGGAUCUUGUAUGUUGUAUGAAUUGGCCCCCCGCAGCACCAUAUAAUGCAGGUGAGUGCAGCCUCAUUUGUUUUAUUUACCGCUAUAUGUUAAAUGUAUAUGUUUAUAGUUAUGUUUUCAUUCUUUUCCCUAAGAUCGAAAUAUUUUAUUUUUAUACAAUAGGCAGCUUGCUCAGAGUUACUGGGAGAAAAUCGGAUUGCAGUGGGAAAAAGAGAAUGAAGAUGAUCUGAAAGACAAACUUGAUUUCAGUGCUCUUCCACCAUCUCACUACCCAGCAGGAGGUAAAUGUUUAAAUGAGCAGGGAUACUGCACUUUACAAUUCCCCAUCUUUAGCGUUCUCGAGAACAAAACUAGGGCUGUUGAAGGGAAAUGUAAUACACUUUUAUACGUUUUUGUUUAGUUGUGGUUUGAUACAGCUCAGCUGUUUUUUCUUGUUCUGCUUUAGUGGCCUAAAAUCCGUAUAACUCAAUUUUCCUCAAUUUUCAGGUAAAAAAAAGUGUAUUUGCUCAAGUGAUCAAAUUUAAAGGGAUAGUAGAGGUACUUUGGCUUAAUAAAGCAAUUGUGGCAUAUAUAUCAUGCCCCUGCAGUCUCACUGCUUGAUUCUCUGCCAUUUAGGAGUUUAUCAGCCCUAGCCACACCUCACUUACUGUGACUUACACAGCCUUCCUAAACACUUCCUGUAAAGUGAGAUCUAAUGUUUAAAUUUGUUUUACUGCUCAUUUGUUUAAUGUAGAAUUUCCUAAUUCCAGCUCUGUUAACAACCUGCUAGAGCCCACAGAAGCCUCCUGUAUGUGAUUUAAAGUUCAAGGCAGUAGGAAAUACAUUUAAAGAUUGUAAUAAAAAAAACAUUUUUCAUGCAGGGUGUCACUCACUGCUAGGGGAGCUGUGGCUAGGGCUACAUGUGUAAACAGAAGUGAUUUAACUCCUAAAUAGCAGAGAAUGAGCAUUGAGACUGCAGGUUCAUGAUCUGUACACAGGAAGUAAUUAAGCUAAUUAAGUUGUUGUAAUGCCUUUUAAAUGUAUACAUUGUGUUAGAAGUUGCGUCCAUAUAUUUGUGCAUCUUUUAUUAAAGACAAUAUCUUCAAACUAAAGUCUUGCUUCACUUAAUUAUAUUACCAGCUACAUUAAAAAAAACCAAAAAAAAACUGAUGCUAUCACGUUCUUCUUUUUUAUUAAUGCCUUGGUUGUUUUAACAUUCUAGAGGAAUCUUAAAUGUAAAAUUAUAAGCACUGUGAUAAACACUGGAAAUAGUCAUCUGAGUCCCCACAGAUAAAAUGCAUAAUUUUUGGUUUGUCUUGUGAAACUAAAAUAUUUUGUAUUUGGAAAAUGCAAUUGUAUGUUUUAUAUCACUGGGAUAAUUUAGAAUAUUGUUCUAUUACUGUUAAUUAUGAGUAAUUUAUUGUAAGAAUAAAGUAAAGCUUAUGUUCUAUCUAGUUAAGUCUUUACAGUCUUUGGAAGACCUCAUCAUAAGAUAAAUUAAAGGGAUACUAUAGUCUAAGGAAUACAAAGCUGUAUUCCUUAAACUAUACUUCCCUCUUUUCCCACCUCCACUCAUCCCCCUUCCCCUAGCUCAGAAAGCAUUAAUACACCCUUACUGUACUCACCCAUUACCAGCACUGAUCUACCUCGGUGCUGGGUCGGCGCCCCGCCUCCUUCGAAUUCACCAAAUAGGGUUUCAUUUCUCCCAAUCUCUGUAUGCUUUAUCUAUGCUGACUGUCCAGUCCAAAGGACAGAGUUUAUAACAAUGGCUACAGGGAGCCAAGAUGGAGGUGCCUCGCUGCAAAAUAAAGUGUAGAUUUCGACAUUUAAUUAUAUUCUUCACACCUCACAUCACACAUAUUUAUUUAAUAUAGGGAUAAGUAAAUAUAAUAUUACAAAUCCUAGGAAGUGACAGAUCCCCUUUAAUUCUCCUUCUUGUUAAUAUUUAGCCAAAUUCCCUGUAUUUUCUAGGGAAGUAGUGCAGAAUGAAUGGAAGCCUAAUGAAAGGUAUCACUGACUCUUAUGAGAGUUAUUUAACAUACCUCAAACAGAACCUGUAACCAGUGAGCCGAAAUGUAUUGAUUUAUUCAUUGCUAUUUUAUUUUCAGUAAAGAGACCUGGAUUGGGGUGCCGGGAGCUUAUAUUCAGAAAUCUAUCCAAAAUUCUUCCAGCCGUCAGUCAUGAUAUCACAGACUGGGUUGUUGGAACAAGGAUUAAAGCUUCUCAGCUCCUUGCGGUUUUACUUUUGCACGCGGAGGAUCACACCACUCAGCAUAUGGAGCUUGUACUCGGCACCCUGUACCGAUCAUGCCUAGAUGAGGAACAAAGCGUUGUGCAUAGUGUGAGUUUUUAAAAUAUGCAUGUUUUUUCAUGUUUAGAGAGAAGGUGGUUGAUGGGAUGGGUCUGCACAUUGUAAAACCAAUUGAUUAUUUUUAUCAGACAGGUGAAAUUCUAUCAGAAUGAGUAAUCCUAGUGGAAAAUCUGUCAUUCUUUCAUUAAAAUAAGAUUGCAUAGAUUAAAGCCGAUGUGUGUAUUAUUAUAAGGCAUACACAUACAUAAAUACUGUUUUCAGUGCAUCUUCUGGUUUAUAUUUGCUCUGUUGUGGCAUCUAUUUUCAAGACCUCUUUGUUCAUUAGCAACACACAUCUUCGUAGACCAAGUGCAAUUUGAACUACUGAACUACCAAGCUUGGAGCACAUUUUUCAUAGCCCUUAAAGAGUUUGAAGCAAACUGUGAUUUCUCUCAAAGUUACCGCACCUCGGUCCUUCACUCCUGUAACUGCUUUUCAAGUAUUUACUUGGGUAAGCAGUGAAAGGGAUGAAAGUAUAAAAUGUACUUGCUUCCACAGGAUUUAGCUAUCCAUGGCAGCUUCAUCUCAUCAUGAGUCUCUGAGCAUGCUCAUACCACUUGCACAUACAGAGCCAUUGCUUAAGUUUUAAUACAGGGUGGGCCAAAAUUCAGAGUAGAAUUUGACAGGUUAAUACCGUAUAUACUCGAGUAUAAGCCGAGUUUUUCAGCACACUUUUUGUGCUGAAAAACCCCAACUUGGCUUAUACUCGAGUCAGUGUCUGUAUUAUGGCAAUUUACAUUGUCAUAAUACAGACUGGGGGCUGGCAGCGAGCGCUUACCUCUCCUGCAGCUCCUGUCAGCUCCCUCCUCCUCCGCGCCGGUGCGGUCAGCACCUCGAUCAGCUCCCAGUGUAAGUCUCGCGAGAGCCGCGGGGUCAUAGUGCGGCUCUCGCGAGACUUACAGUGGGAGCUGACAGAAGAGCUGCACAGACCGGCGCGGAGGAGGAGAGAGCUGACAGGAGCUGCAGGAGAGGUAAGUAACAGCUCUGCCAGCCCCCCUCCUCCCCCCACUGAACUGCCAAUGCCACUGGACCACCAGGGAAGGAGAGCCCCCCUCCCUGCCAUGUAUCAAGCAGGGAGGGGGGACGAAAAAUAAAUAAAUUAAUAAUAAAUAAUAAAAAAUAAUAAUAAACAAAAUAAUAAUAUAACAAAAAAAUGAACUAAAAACUAAAUAAAAUAAUACAUAAAUAAUAAUAAAAAAUAAAAAUAAUAAUAAAAAAAUUAUUAAAAAAAUAAUAAUAUAACAAAAAAAAUGUAAAUAAUAUUAAUUUUUUUUUAUAAAAAUGCCCACCCCCCACCAAGGCUCUGCAACACAAACACACACUGCAUCACACACACACACACACUGCAUCACACACACUGCACUCAUACACACACUGCAUCACACACACACUGCAUCACACACACUGCAUUCAUACACACACACUGCAUCACACACACUGCAUUCAUACACACACACUGCAUCAUACACACAUACAUUCAUACACACAUACACUGCACUCAUACACACACACUGCAUUCAUACACACAUACACUGCACUCAUACACACAUACACUGCAUUCAUACACACAUACACUGCAUUCAUACACACACACUGCAUUCAUACACACACUGCAUUCAUACACACAUACACUGCACUCAUACACACACACUGCACUCAUACACACACACUGCGCACUCAUAUACACACUGCAUUUAUACACACACUGCGCACUCAUAUACACACUGCAUUUAUACACACACUGCGCACUCAUAUACACACUGCAUUUAUACACACACUGCGCACUCAUAUACACACUGCAUUUAUACACACACUGCGCACUCAUACACACACACUGCAUUCAUCAUAUACACACACUGUAAAUAAAUAUUCAAUUAAUAUAAUUUUUUUAGGAUCUAAUUUUAUUUAGAAAUUUACCAGUAGCUGCUGCAUUUCCCACCCUAGUCUUAUACUCGAGUCAAUAAGUUUUCCCAGUUUUUUGGGGUAAAAUUAGGGGCCUCGGCUUAUAUUCGGGUCGGCUUAUACUCGAGUAUAUACGGUAACUUAUUUUUUAGUAGUUACUUUUUUUUUUUUUUUUUGCAUGUACAUAUUAUAGCUGAGUUUUGGGAGAUUCAUCGUGGGUAAUCUCACAAAGUAAAAAUAAUGGAAUAUUAUUUCAAAAUGGCAGUUCCAUUAUUUUAAUGCAAAGGGCUUACCUCUGCCACCUGAAUGUAAGAAAUGGUCCCUCAAUGAUUAUGAUUUUUAAACUAAUGCAAUGAAGCUCAUUUUCAUUUAAAUGUCUUUGUCAAUAAAGAAAACUGUCGUUUCUGGGGUACAGAAAAUCCACAGAUAAUUAAUCGGCGCCAAUUGCACCCUACCAAAUGGAGGUCAUUUAAAAGAUGUGAUCUUCCAUACGAAGUCAAACAAAUAUCCAUAUGUUAAGCAUUUAUUGUAUGUAAUAUAUUGGUUCAUUAAUAAUAAUAAUAAAAAAAAAAAGUUAUUGACUCCUCAAACCUUACUCUAAAUGUUGGCCCAUUCUGUAUUAUUUUACAUGCCAUACAUGCCAAUUUAAAAAUCUAAAGCAAACCUCACAGAGCCUUCUAGAGGUUUAAUUGAAAUUGGGGUAGAAAAAUGGUACGAAGCAAAAAUAGUUUUUGUAUUGUGGAACUAUCUAUCUUUUAUGUAUAACCACUAAUGCAGUUUGUUUUUUGUUUUUUUGCAGAGUGUGCAGUCAGCUGAGUUAAUUGGGUACUUUGUGAACCCGGAAGUGUUCCUUAAGUUGAUUUUGCCUUCGCUACAGAAGUCUCCCUUAGCCUCGCAUCUCAUGGUCCUUGCUGCGUUUAUCCGAGGAAGCUCUAGAGAGAGGCUGAAACCUCAUUUAAGUCGCACAGCCAGUGUCCUUUCCCAGAGAGAGAUCUGUCAGGGCUCUGAAAAGGUAGGAAAGUGGAACUGUAAAUGAAUCAAAACAUCUCUUCCUGUCCACAGACUUAACAGAGGAAAGAACCUGUAAAUGUGAUGUUAAACAUUACACGAUUAUUAUUUUUUUUUAUUUCACUCCAAUUUUCUUACAUCUUGCCAAUUCAAUGCGCUGUGUGCUCCGAAUGUGCCUGCAUUGAACUGCAUUGUUAUUUUAAAUGAAAACAACACUUCACAUGGAAAAUAGGUCGAUACAACGUAUAAGGCCAAGCCGUUUUAUGAUUUCUAAUGUUUCAUUUCAUUGUCAUUUAUUCAAGGUCCCAUGGUUUUUAAAGAACAAAGCAUUAUUUAAAAGUGAAACAAAAAUUAUUUGCAUAUUUUUGCUCCAUUUGAAAUAUUUAUUAUUUUUGAAACAUUGUUUAAAAGGAAACACUUUUUUUCAUCUUGUUCCAUUGGAAUCUAUUCUUUCCUAGCCAGCUGUAAUGGGAGCAAUUUUGAAUGUGUUGACAUGUAUGUUGCUAAGUAAUCUUGUAUCUUUCUUAUUUUUUUUUUUUUCUUUCCUCUCUGCAUCUGUCCUGUCUUUGUCAAAUAAAUACACUCUAUUAUCCACCGGCUACUGAUAGUCUUGCAAAUUGCCACCAGUAUUUUCAAUAUGAUACUGUUGAUAGACUGUCUAUAUGUAUUCGGUGUGUCAGCUGCGUUGAGGGAAACAGAAUUAUCGACUUACAGCAUUGUAGUGUCAGCACCCCAUAGUGCCUCAAUCACUGAGCGCUGUGAUCUCAUUUUAAUAGCCCACUGAGAAACGUGCUUGGGAAGGCUUAGACCCAGCUGGGUGAAACUUCAGUACGCACCUGGCCAGUUAGAGAAAGAAACAUGAUAAGCGUUUUAAAGAAACUGCACGAUAAGUUACUGCGCUUUUAUUUUUAGACCAACGAAAACUACUUGUCAAAACAGAAUUUUUUUAUUGUACUUUCUUAUUUUAUUUUUUGUUCAUCUGUUUUAAUUCCAAGUAACUAGUUUGUUGUUUUUUUGUUUUCUCUCCAUAUUUCAUCGAAAGAAUUUUAGCACUGACAAAAGAUUUGCCUUGUUUUCAUGUCCCUUCUUUAACCCGUUUAUGACAGAUGAAAUGCUAGGACUGUCAUGAUAUCACUGAAUUUGCUCAAGUCUGUGUCCUAAAGGAUUUAAGCUUUUCUUCUUAAGCCACUGUGUAUUGUCUAACCAUGCUUAUUAAAGUCACAUGAGCCAUGGGGAGCCAACAGCUGCAUUGGGAUAAAAUGAACAACUGUGUUUCUACAAGACACCGAUAACUAUAUAUCAUUUAAACCUAUGUAAUCAGAGUACUUAGAAUAAAUCUCUUCUACCUGACUACACAAGCACAAACUACUUGGAACGGUGACAUGUCUCGUAACAAAAAGAGCCAAAUGAUGUUGUUAUGGUGCCACUAAACAGAGCCAUGUGCUGCAGACUCUUCCAGUUGCUCGUAGUGGUCUGGCAGACAGGUCCUCGCACUGCAGAAUUGAGUCUUUCACUGAAUUCCAGGCGGUCGCUGUUGUUUUGUCGUCAUGAAGCUCCAACCCAGUUUCUGUGUAUAGCUGCUGGUGGAUGGUAGCAUUAAACUAAAGCCUUGCUGCUAGGGGGGAUUUCAGGGCCCAGGCUCAUUGUGCUCAGAGACUUGAUUGCUAGGUAACAACCUAUCCCAGCAUGCCUUAGGAUGGUGUGGGAAAGCAAGCAGAGAGACAUAUUCAUGACAGCAUCCUCUUUAAAAUCCUCAUACAAGGGAAAUAGAGUUCACAGUUGUUCUGUGCUGUUAUCCUGAACACAUGAAUAUGUUCUUCACCCUUUGGACUGUCUUACUACACUUUCUGGAUUAUCCCUGUUCUUUGUUGCUUUAGGCUAUCUCUAAUGAUCAGGUGUGCUGAAAUUUCAAUGUCAAAAAUACAAUUCUUAAAGGGACUCUAGUCACCAGAACCACUACAGCUUAAUGUAGUUGUUCUCGUGCCUAUAAUCUGUCCCUGCACACUUUUCAAUGUAAACCCUGCGUUUUUCAGAGAAAAGACAGUAUUUACAUUGCUGCCUUGUGACAGUCACUCAGAUGGCCUCUGGAGUGCAUCCUGGGUCAGUGCUGCACAGUGCGCAGCACCUACAUAUAGCGUCUCCACGCCCUGCAUCAAUGCAUCUCUAAUGAGGAGAUGCUUAUUGGCGCAGCAUGGCAUUUUGCUACAUAUGCGUAAUAGCCUCCCGAUGCUUUCCUAUGGGAAAGCAUUGGAUUGGCUGAAAUCAUCAAGAUUGAUGAGCGCAGUCAUGGAAGCAGGGCCAGCUGUGGCUAGAUCAGUACCGCAUGGGGGGAAAAAGGGGAGUAAAAACUCCUUUCCCAUGUGAUUGGAGGGGGACCAGUCAUCUAACCACACUACUGACACUCACUCACUCUCACUCACUCACUGACACACUCAGUCACUGCAAUAAUCACACAUGUUUAUGUGGCUACCCAGCCUCCCUACCUGGGUUCAGCUUUCCCUGUUAGUCAUCUCCCCGCACUGCUCCAUAGAGCGCUGUUUAGUGAUGCCGGGCCGGAAUGACGUCAUAUUCCAGCUCCCGGCAUCACUGGAGGGCACGCGAGGUAGCAGAGCCGGGAGGUUGUUACAGCUCCCUCACAGGACUGCCCAUCUGCCUCUAAUAUCCAGGAGCCUCCAGCCCACACUCUUCCUGAACUCACCAACCAACCACCCACACGCACUCCCAUCCUCUUUAUGAGCUUGUCGGCCAUCCACCCCCACUAGUGGGCAACCUCGGGGGACUGCAUGGGCCAGCAAAUCCCAGGUGCCAGGACAAAAAUGCCACGGCGACCAGGCGCUUAAAAAAAAUAAAAAUAAAAUUAUUUUUUUUAAGCCCUAACAUAAGGUACACGAAAGAUUGCUGGGUGGUUGUGAGAAUGCUCCCCUUGUUCGGUAUUUGCUGACUUCCGAACGCUAUUCGUGUAGAUGGUCGGGAACUUGAACAGGCAGCAGGUCUAUCUUUACCGUUUUUCGCGGGAGUGCCUGGCCGAAAACUGUUCCAGGCACUCGACGACCAUGUCCCGCUGCCUGCGUUCGGGAGACAAGAUGGCCACCAUCCAUUGUCUCGACCACGAGCGUUCAGUUGCACGAAAUGGUGGCCACCCAGUGAAGCAUUCUAUUAAUUGUUUCCUUUGCGGUUUUAGUACAGGAUACUCAAAGUUCCAAGUUCGAAUUAGGAUCUGGGGUGGUAGUCGUUCAGGAACCGAACCAAGUAAAACGAAUCAAAUAAAAGGGAAUAUAGAUCCAGGAAGUCAACAGAAAUAAGUGAUGGGGCUAUUCCUUCACACUGCUCCCCCUUUGCUCACAGCUCUGGCUUACACGAUUGGACCUUAUUUGGGUCCACUUGGGGCUGUCCAGAAAGUACAAAUAGUUCCUUAGGAGACCAUCUCUGUUUGGCGUGAUAGCCUAUCUGCGUUCCCGUUCUGUUUUCCAGGUCUAUAAUGGAUGGUGAAUUCAUACGGUUGUAGGACUAGACUCCACCUCAGAAGAUGGGCAUUUUCCCCAGUGACCCAGUAAGUGUCAGUAAUGAGGGUGAACGCAUGGCCAAAGAGGUACAGGGUUAAUUUUCUCAGUGCCAACACCAAGGUUAAGCACUCUUUCUCAAUGGCCGUGUAACUGACCUCCCGGGGUAAAGGUUUCUGACUCAAUAAGCCACUGGAUGCUAUCCCCCGCCUUCCCCAACCUGGCUUAGAACUGCCCCCAUUCCAAACAUUGACGAUUGAUUGUAUGAACGAUAAAACGUUUGUAAGGAUUUGGGUUAGCCAAGACAGGUGCAUUAACAAGUGCUGUUUUCAGGGACUGGAAAGCUGUCUCACUCUGGGGACCACAGGACCUGUCUAGGUAAAUUCUAUUUUUUUUUUUUUGUCAAUUCCGUCAGGGUUUUGGCCAUUGCACUAUGUUCUGGGACAAAACGUCUAUACUAGCCAGCUGUCCCCAAGAGCGCCAUCACUUGUGUCUUGGUACGGGGAGUGGGCCAAUUGGCAAUGGCUAAUCUUUCUUCAAUUCUUGGCUGGUUCGGGCCGUUGCUUACCACAUCCUACACGGUGGCCCAGAUUGACUAAAACAAAAUGUAACAAAAUUUAAUGUUACGUUUUUUGUUUUUUUUAAAGUUACACAAAUAAAAAAGCACUCCCUAAAUUUUACACACAUUACAUACCUGCACAAGCACACACUCUGCAUCUACUAUAUACACACUACAUUCACUAUACACACUACACAAACACACACUCUGCAUUCAUUAUAUACACACUACACAAAUACUCUCUGCAUUCACUACACACACACACAUUCUUGAAAACAUAAACUCUGACUGGCAUGUAUAUUUUGUGCAUUUACAUUAAUACAACAAUAAAUAAAUAAUAAAUAUGUUUAGUUAACAGUAGAUUUGUGUAGAUAGGUUUUGUUUGGUUUUUUGAAUGGUAAAUGUACAGAAUAAAAGUUAUCGGCUAGCUGCCUGAAAGUUCACAGAUUAUCGGUAUUGGCUCUAAAAUAUCAAUAUCGUUCGAUCCCUAUCAGGUUGGUUUUUGAGAAGUCCUUCUUAGGCACAGUUUUCAGUAAAUACAGAUUUUGUUUUUAUUUAAAAACCAAAGCAUGGACUAUGAUUCAAAAGGAUCAAUGACCAGAAAACAUCCAUGGAUUGCUAUUUCAACCUUGUGGGUCUCAUCUGAUGGCUCUAGUCUGGAAGUUGAAGUGUUUUUGAGAGCAUAUAGCUAGGUACCAAAAAGAUUGUGGCGAGAUUGUAGUACCAAAAAGAUUGUGGCGAGACGGUUUAAAGCAAUUUAAUAUUUCACUUGUUACUGAAUAGUUUUUCUAGAUAAAUUAAAAAUUUAAGUAAGCUGAAAAAAGUUUUCUUUUCUUUUUUUAGGAAAUGUGAUCGCUAUAUGAUUAUAAUAUUGUCAAUUUAUGUCUCCACAGGUUCUAUACUUCGAACAAUUGUUGUGCUGUGUCCAAUCCAUAAUUUACAUAUGCAAAGAAGACUGUGAAGAAGUUAGCUUACAUUGCAUGAAAAUCCUGAUUACUAUAUUGGCAUCUGAAAAUCUUAAUGAAAAGGUAUAGUUGGGUUCGUCUGCUGAAGUCACCACGUGCUUUUAUCUAUAUCUAGCAUCCCUCACAUAAUACUUUCAUAAUGCUUGUCACAUGUUCUAUAAUUAUUGAACUAAUGACGAGACUAUCCUAUAUUAUGUUAUCAAAGGCAUCUCAAACUGUGCUGAACUACAACUUCCAUGAUCCUCUAGCCAUCUUCUGCUUUCAAAGAAUUCUGUUCAUUGUAGGCCAUUAACAUUUGGGGGUCCAAGGUUUGUUUUCAGGGUAGUAUCUAUACUCGCAAGCAUCAAAGGACUCAGUAUUUACCAUCUGUCUAAUGCUCAGCCUGUGGUAUAUUUAAUCGUUAUGAAACUUACGAAGCUCCCAUAGCAGUGGUUUAAUUUCACUGCCAAAUACAAAUAUUAGUUGUGUUAUCCGAGUGCUUCCUCCUUCAAGUUCUAACAAUAUUAUUUGUUUGUGUAUUCAGAGUCGCCCUCUUUGUCUAGGAUUGACAGGUUUACCAGGAAUGUGUGAGCCAGAAUCAACUAGCCAAGUCUAAAAGUUACCGGCCAUGACAAUCCUCCUGCAGCCUAAGCACUGGGAAUGGACAGUGCAGCAGCACCCACAGCUGCCGUGCCAAAAAUGACUUGUUCAUCAUAAGAAAAUUCCUAGCUUAUAUUUGGCUAUAUAAAACAGCCCAUUUAUGUGUCUAUAUAAAACAGCCCAUUUUAGGAAGAUUUUCUGUAACCGUGGAUAUCCUUUUGCAUAGAAUAAACUUUUUUGUAUAUUUGCAUUUAUUGUGUAUCUAACAAGCACUUUUACACACUAUUGUUUGCAGGUUCAAGAGGUGUUGAUAACUUUGGCAACGUUGCAAGGGUUGACAUGUGUCCAGGAUUUGUAUAGAAGGCACAUACAACAAUUAUUUGAGUGGGCAUCCAGCAACCAUCAACACUGGACCAGCUAUUCAGUAGAAAGACUGCACUUUGAAGUUGUUGUUAUGGAGUCUGGUAAGGAGUUAAAAAACACUCUCUGUCAAGUGUGCCUGUUGCAGUCAGGUACACUUGGUAACCCUGCACACUUUGAUUUCCCAAAAUAUAUCUUUGUGUUUCAAAAUAAUUCUAGUGCAGUAUUAGAUGGAGUUAUUUCAUUAUAGUUGUUUGAAAUGCGAGUUAAAUAAUUUAAUGAAGCUCAGCUAAUUCACUAUUCAAUUUCAUUGAAAUACAUUCUUUCUUAGAAUGAGGUUGAAUGAGUGGACUCCUCAUAAGGUACAGUAGGAAUGCCCUUGCCAGCAGAAGGUGGGGACUGAGUUAGAUGUCUCAUAGGGCAGAUUAGGCAGCUGCCCAGUGCACUAUUUUUUUUCUAGGGAUAAUGUAGAAAGCAAAAGAAACAUGGCUUUCAUAUGAAUCACUCAUUUUCAGGCCAAUUAGUGUAGCUCUUUAUGGGUAAAUGGAUUUUACUUUAAUUGUUAAUUGUUUAUUUUAAUUUAGUGUGUGUUUAUAUAUUUGAAUGUGUGGGUGUGUAAUAUAGAAUGUGUGUGUAUAUACACUAUAGUGUGUGUGUGUUUAUAUAUUUGAAUGUGUAUGUAUAUAUUAUAUUGUGUGUAACGUGACAGGUAAGAUGAGUUGAAAGACACUGAUGGAGGUGGACACUGGGACUGACUGGCUCACAGAGCUUAACUGGUUUAUAUCCCAGUUAAAGGGACAUAGUCGCCAAACCACUUUAGCUUAAUGAAGCCGUUUUGGUGUAUAGCUCAUGCCCUUGCAGUCUCACUUCUCAAUUCACUGCCAUUUAGGCAUUAAAGUACUGUGUUUAUACAGCCAUAGUCAUACCAGCUUGUGACUUACACAGCAUUCCUGAACACUUCCUGUAAAGAAUUAUCUAAUGUUGCAAAUUCUGUUUUAUAUUUUGAAUUUAUUAUCUCUUACUCUGCUAAUAGCUUGAUAGACCCUGCAUGAGCCUCCUGUAUUUAAUUAAAGUUCAAUUUACAGAGCAGGAGCUACAAACUUUUAAAGUAAGUUACAUCGGAUUGAGAUUGAAACCGUUUUGUUUUAAUGCAGGCUUUGUAAAUCACUGCCAGGUGAGGUAUGGCUAGAGCUACAUAAACAGAAACAAGUGAUUUAAUUUCUAAAUGGCAGUGAAUUGAACACUGAAACUUCAUAGGCAUGAUCUAUACACCAAAACUGCUUCAUUAAGCUUAAGUUGUUUUGGUGACUAUAGUGUCCCUUUAAUUUUCAUAUUACAGUUUUAGAAGUACACUAAUAGCAUUAACCCCUUCAUGGCAUAAUUUUCCAGGGCUGCCAUGAUAUAAUAAGAUUUGUGGAACCCCCUUAGUCCUAAGGAGUUCAUGAACUUUCAGUUUAAACUACAAUACCUCAUAUAAUAGAAGAUAUGCUACAUCUGUGAUUUCAUGUAUGUCAUGUCCAUAGAUAGAAAAGUAGGCAUUUCACUUAGGAGCCAAAAAACCUACAAUCUUUGAUUAUUUUAUUUGGGGGGGAGGUGAGAGCAAUAAAUCACAGUUUACCCAUUUUGCAGGGUGUCUUUGGAGUUAAAUAUCCACAGUGCCCACAUAAUACAUUCAUUGUCCCAUACUACAUCCUAAUAUGUAGUUGUUUUUCCUCAGGAAUGUUUGGUACGUUUUGCCCAGGGCAAUGCUCUGCGAUAAUUAUUUCCCCAAAGACACAAGAGGAAGAUUUAUUUAGCUAAUUAAGGACUAUCUGUUGCAAGCCAUGCCAUUGUCCCAAAAUACUCACUUUGUUGUUCUUUGUUCAUUCUUGGUUUAAAGAAAAUAUGGUUACAUACUUCUGGGUAUUUUAAAUUUUCUUAAUCAUUUUUGUUUAAUUAUGAUCUACAUUAAUAUAUUAGCGAUUUAUUUUGGCAUCCAGUACAUCUUGUCUUGUCUUGUCUUGUCUUGUUUUGUUUUGUUUGUUUUUCUGCUGUUUGCUCCACUUUUACAAUUUUGGUGGAUACUAUGUACUUAAGUGAAAACUUAUCUUGGGUCAAACAUGGAAUACAGUUUGUGUUCUAUUUAAAUAAGCUGCCCUCUAUGUGUGAAGCUCCAAAUAUAUUUACUUUCCGCCGAACCGGGUAUAUCUGUUUACAUUUUUUUUCUUUCUUUCUCAAAAUGGUUAGAAACCACAUGGCCAGAUUUGCUCGUUACAAUAAAAUCAUUUCGAAAACCUGAAUCAAAAAAUUGCACUGAUUGUGAUUUAAUGUAUGAAACUGCAACCUCUUAGGCAAAUUGAUUCUUCAACAUUUAAUAGGCUGAUCUGCAUAAAUGGUUGAAAUAUGACAUUCACAAAUGAGUAAUCUUUAUUCAUAGUUCAUUUAAAAAAAAAAACAUAAUAAUCUUAUUUAUAGUACUCUUAUAGCUUUUCACAUUUCUUAUUAUACAAUAAAUUGUGCAUACUCCUUUUCUACCUUUACAUACCAGCAAAAGUGUUCAAUAUGUGGAUUGUAUUUAAAUCUGUGCAUUUUUUUUCAGGCCCGGUGAUAGGAGAAAAUCUCCAUCUGCUAGUACCAGUUUUGAAGACUUGCCUGCAACCAACACAAGAAGCACAAAUGCGCUUGAAGCUUUUCACGAUGUUGUCAAAACUCCUGGUGAAAGCAAAUGAAACUGUCAACUCUCAAGGGUAGGUUGCAAUCUUAGGUUCUAGUGACUCUUUCCACACAAUCGAAAACAAAGAACAUUUCAUUCACACAUUUUGGAGAACGACUGGAACUCAACAUCCAGUGAUUCAGACAGGAAUGUUUGAAAGGCAUAUUGUUCUCUACAGUCCUACACAGAAAUGUUACUUAAUUAACUUUAAAAAAAAAAAACGCAAGAGUGGCACUUUAGCUCAGUGAGAUUUAACCCACUCAGUAGGAUUUACAGACUUAAACACAAUCCGUCAUGGUUCAUAAUUUUGAAUAUUACAGGAAAAUAAGGAGGGCUCCAAAUUUCAGGGCAAAUGCGAUGAGACAGACCUAAAGGUUACUCGCCACUGGCCACCCAGUGAAGCAUUCUAUUAAUUGUUUCCUUUGCGGUUUUAGUACAGGAUACUCAAAGUUCCAAGUUCUAAUUAGGAUCUGGGGUGGUAGUCGUUCAGGAACCGAACCAAGUAGAGACAAAGCAAUAGUAUACUGCAUACCAUUUCCUCUUCCUAUUUAUUCAAUCUGACUUUUGUUUUUAAAAAAAAACAAAAUGAGAUUCACAUUAAAAAGGGUUAAUUCGCUUGUGCAUACAUAAGCUAGCAGAUGCUUUUUUUUUUUUAUUUUAUUUUUUUUAUAUCUGUAGGGGUGUGUUGCAAGUAUUAGGGAAGCACACAGUGUUCAGUGUUGAACGUAGCAUCGAAGCCUUGCUUGAUGUAUAAACAUCUAUAAACUGUCUUGGAGAUGGAAGGAUUUGGCUGUCUAGAGGAUAUUUUGCACAAUUUACCUCUGCUGUAUCUCCUGCAAAAGAGAAAACAAAAAUGGCAUCAUUUAAGGCAGGUUAUAAAUGAUGGCAUCCGAUUCCAAAUAUGCACAUUUAAUAAUUCAAACCAUGGCAAAUCCACUAACGCGUUAAUCAAUAGUGUAUUAAUUAUUGCAAAUCAUAGAUGUGCUAACUUUUUUUUUAAAUUUGUGAGUAUUUUUACUUUGAGUCUAAACCCUGCUCUUUUUGACGCAGUUUUUGCCAAAAGAAGAGAGAUGCGAAUCUUGUUCACAUACCAUAGAAUUGAGGGGUUUAUCGAGAUAAGUCAAAAUAAUUAGCUAGGUGGAGAGGCAGCUUUUGUAAAAAAAAAAAAAAAAAGUGUUUUAACUUAUUGUGUUAUUCAAAAACCCAUGAAAAGCAAUUGUAUUAAGUGGUACAAUGUGCACUGUUUCAUAUCUGCAGAAAUGAUCCAAUAUCACUCCAAUUUCAGAUAAAAGAACAUCAUUGCACAAUUGUAUACGAGGGAAAUGAAUGAAGUCCUAAACAGAUAUACUCCCUCUUGCACAAUCUCCCUUCAUGUUUUUUUCUUUUUUUUCUAUUUCCUGAAAGUGAUCUAUAUCUACUGUACCACUCAUCAUUCCAUACAUUUUCUGUUCUCCAACAUAUCUGGUCUAGCUCUGUUUUAGAAAUUCUGUAUAUUACUUAAUGUGCUUAUAUUAAGAGGAGCUAAGUGAAAGAAAAAACAUAUUAGAUCGUUCUACUGGAUCAUAUUUGUUGUACUUUAAAGUACCUGUUACACAUCGGGUAAUUAUGAAGUGGGCAAGAGGUUCUUCAGUAUCCAUUAACUUAAAACAAUAUAUCUUACCAAAUGCAAUAAAAUGUUUGAUUUUUAACCCCUUAAGGACCAAACGUCUGGAAUAAAAGGGAAUCCUGACAUGUCAUGUGUCCUUAAGGGGUUAAAGGAUCACUAUAGGGUCAGGAACACAAACAUGUAUUCCUGACCCUAUAAUGUUAACACCACCAUCUAGCCCCCCUGGAUCCCUCAUGCCUCCAUAAAUAUAGCAAAUUCUUACUGUAUUUAAGCCUGAAGCUGUAAAUCUGCAUGCUGUUAGACUCAGAAAAACAAGCAGUCUGCUGACAUGUGGUAGCCCAUACAAUCACAGUGCUUCCCCAUAGGAUUGGCUGAGACUGACAGAGGCAGAUCAGGGGCAGAGCCAGCAUGAUUCAAACACAGCCCUGGCCAAUCAGCAUCUCCUCAUAGAGAUGAAUUGAAUCAAUGAAUCUCUAUGAGGAAAGUUCAGUGUCUGCAUGCAGAGGGAGGAGACACUGAAUGUUUGGAUGCAUUUUAGGCAACCAUGACCCAGAAAGGAUCUCUAAGAGCCACCUGAAGAGUGGCCAGUGAAGUUAUCACUAGGCUGUAAUGUAAACACUGCAUUUUCUCUGAAAAGACCAUGUUUACAGCAAAAAACAAGAACAGAACAAAUUCAAUAAGCUUUUUUAACCCCUUAAAACCGGAGGACGUACAAUUACGCCCUCUAAUAGGCGGCUCUAAACGCCGCCGGGCGUAAUUGUACGCCCUCCGGUUUUUGUUAACUUACCCGGUCGCCGGCGGUCCCACGCCGGCGAUCGCGGUGGGGGGGACUCCCAGGGAGCCCCCCCGCGGCAGAUCCUUCUCCUCCGGUGCUCCCCGGCCAUGUGAGAGUGGGGUCCUAGCGAGGACCCCACAAUCACAUGGCCGGGUAGGCUGCCUCCUGCAUUGCCAGCAGGGGGGCUGCCUGUAAUGACAGGUGGUCCCCCUGCUGGCUGAAAAUAAAAUUAAAAUUACAUUUAUUGGUGUAAAAAAAUAAUAAUAUAUACUUAGAUCAUAUGUAUAUAUUAUAUAUAUAUGAUCUAAGUAUAUAUAUACACAUAUACAUACACACACGUACACCGUCUAGGUGUAUUUUACUAUUAAUAUAUAUAUAAUUAUAUAUAUAUAUAUAUAUAUAUAUAUAUAUAUAUAUAUAUAUAUAUAUAUAUAUAUAUAUAUAUAUAUAUUAAUAUCAAAUUACACGUAGACUGAUACUGAUUAAAUAUAUAUAUAAUUAUUAUAUAUAUAUAUAUAUAUAUUUAUAUAUAUAAAAAAAAAAAUAAAAAUGUAAAUAAUGCUAAAAAUAAAAAUUUUAAAAAUAUAUAGAUGUGUGUUAUUCUCGCUCUAACUGUUUUGUGAAAUUAAUAUAUAUAUAAAUAUAUAUAUAUAUAUAUAUAUAUAUAUAUAUAUAUAUAUAUAUAUAUAUAUAUAUAUAUAUCAAAAUACACGUAGAACGAAAUAAUAUAUAUAUCUAUAUACAUAAAUAUAUACGUAUAUAUCACUAUAUAUAUACCUAUAUAUUAAUAAAAAUAUUUUUAAAAAUUAUAUAGAUAUAUACACAUAUAUAUACACAUACGUAUAUAUAUACAUAUAUUAAUUCUACAUAUAUAUUUAUGUAAUAUUUUUACAUAAUUAGGUAUCUUAAUUAAUUACAAUUAGCGGGACCUGCCUGACAACCCAUGCCGAAAGUAAAGGGAAUUUAAUUUGCUAGCACUAUAUUUAACCCUAUAACUUUCUGAGACACCAUAAAACCUGUACAUGGGGGGUACUGUUCUACUCGGGAGACUUCGCUGAACACAAAUAUUAGUGUUUCAAAACAGUAAAAUGUAUUACAACGAUGAUAUCGCCAGUAAAAGUGAAGUUUUUUGCAUUUUUCACGCACAAACAGCAUUACACGGACAAUAUUAUUGCUGUGAUACUUUUUACUGUUUUGAAACACAAAUAUUUGUGUUCAGCGAAGUCUCCCGAGUACAACAGUACCCCUCAUGUACAGGUUUUAUGGUGUUUUCAAAAGUUACAGCGUCAAAUAUAAGGCUUGCGUUUCAUUUUUUUCACAUUAAAAUUCGCCAGAUUGGUUACGUUGCCUUUGAGACCCUAUGGUAGCCCAAGAAUGAAAAUUACCCCUAUGAUGGCAUACCAUUUGCAAUAGUAGACAACCCAAGGUAUUGCAAACAGGGUAUGUCCAGUCUUUUUUAGUAGCCACUUAGUCACAAACACUGGCCAAAAUUGGCGUUUUUUGCAUUUUUCACACACAAACAAAUACUAACGCUAACUUUGGCCAGUUUUUGUGACCAAAUGGCUACUAAAAAAGACUGGACAAACCCCAUUUGCAAUACCUUGGGUUGUCUACUAUUGCUAAUGGUAUGCCAUUAUGGGUGUAAAUUUCAUUCCCGGGCUACUAUACAGUCUCAAAGGCAACGUAACCAAUCUGUCAAAUUUCAAUUUCAAAUGUAACGUGCUAUAUUUGACCCUGUAACUUCCCAAAACGCCAUAAAACCUGUACAUAGGGGGUACUGUCUUACACGUGAGACUUUACUGAAUAUAAAUAUGUGUAUUUUAUUGCAGUAAAAGCAAACAGUAUUAUGACACUGACCGUUAAAAUGUCAUGUAGAACUAAAAAAAUCCAAAAAAAACGUAUUUUCUCCCAUUUUUUUCAUAUUAAAUUAUGUUUCAUAGCUAAAUAUUUGAUAUUAAAUGAAAGCCCUGUUUCCCCUGAAUAAAAUGAUAUAUAAUAAGGGUGGGUGCAUUUACUAUGAAAGAGGUGUAUUACGGUUGGACAGACAUGUAGCGCAAAUGCCAGGUUUUGUUUACAUUUUGUUUUGUUCACAAUGUGUACAUUUGGCUCCGUCCUUAAGGGGUUAAGGAAACAAAAUAAGCAAAAAAUGUAAGCCUUUGCUCCAAUAUACAUGUUGCUAGUAACUCCUGCUGUCUAACGAACGAAAAGAAUCACCAAUGUAAAUAAAUGAAAAAAACAAUGCUUGAUCAAUAGAACCUUAAAAAAACAAUGUAUUUACUAAGGGAGGGUCUAUAAAGCAUGCAACAGUGUUUAAGGAGACUUGCCUUCUCAAUCAUUAUUUAAGUUGAUCUGUCACAUUUGAAAAUAGACUAUUUUGAGUGUGUGUGUGUGGCUCUGUUUCUUUGUAUAUUUAAAAUCAGAAGAAAAGUUUUGAGAAAUUACAUACUGCAAUCUGAAAAGGCAUGUGUAGGGCAUUUAAUGCAAAUUAAUAUUGCCACAAUAUACUAGUACAAUCCAAUGAUACUUUGUAUUCUGGUGUGUUCACUUUUUAGCACAAGUCUGCCAGUUUUACUUUACUUUUAACUUCACUAUAGACUUUGUAAGCCCAGGUUCUAGCAAUAUUUGCCUUCCAAUCCAUUUCAUUUCAGCAGAGUAUCAUAUGAAAUGUAAGAUUUUUUUUGAUUGGAAUGCCCAGUCUUCUACUUUUUUUGAAACAUUUUCAAUGUAAGUGGACUUGCCUACGCUUGUGCAUUGGAUGAAAACAUUCUGUUGUCUCAAACAUGCCAUAACCUCUUCAAAGUUUGCUGUGGUUAACAGGUAAUAGCAUUUAUUUUUAUUUUUUAGUAAAUCACAUGGCAAAUUACACUUGAACUUUAUAGCUUAUAGGGUUCAUAUUUUUUUUUUUUCUUUUUUCUACGCUCCAUAAAAAUGUAUUUUCCUCUUGAUUUACCAAAGCAAAUGGGGGAAAAUCAUCUAGCUACCUUUUCAUCUCUGAUUCCUAUUUUUUAUUAAAGAUAUGUAAUAGAGCAAAACAUUUAGCAAGAAAAUAACGUCAUUCAUUUCCUAGGCCCAGAGAAACCUAUAAUAUAUAACUUAUUUUCCUACGGGAAAGAUUCAAAGUUUGCUCAUUAAGUAAAUGUUCUGAUUGAUGGAGGCAGACGUGGGGAGCACUAGAGAAGAAUUAGCGAUGUUUUGAAAUCGGUUAAGGUCAGCAAGAGAUGAACUCUUCCUGAACGAAAGCCAGAUUGAGCAAUUACUCCUUUGUACAAUCAAAGCCUCUCUCUGUUAGUCCUCUCCGCAUCCUUAUAAUGAUUUAAGAUUUCGUAAUUUCUACCUCUGCAUAGCAGAUCCCCCCUGGAAUUUGUUGGGGGGGCCGGGGAGGGGGUAUUCCUCUUGCCAAGUUUAUAGAGCAGAUGAUUAUGUCCUGUGUUGUGUUUUACAGUUUUGUUCUACCUGGCCGUUAUAGACUUCUGGAAGCCUAACCGGUAUUGAGCUAGAGAGUAUAUUUAAGUAACGCAUAUCUCAAAAUAUACUGAGUUAUUUACAAAAGUGAAAAUUCAAAGUGAAUUUCGAAUUAAAAGCACACCCGACGUAGAGAAUAUUUUCAUUUCAGCUAAUUUCACCUUCGAGGUGAAAUUCACUUUGAAUUCUCACUUUACUGAGUAACCCUGUUGGACUAAGACAGCUAAGAUGCUGGUUCGUAUACUAAAUGUAAAAGAUUACUCACUAAGUACUAAGUUUGUUUUGAUGGGAGCUCUUAUGUCUUUCUAUGUUUUAUAUUACAAGUCAUGUUCGAGGAUUUAUGUUUAAUUUUCACUUAAGAUUAAUGGAAAGUGAUAUCACAAGGGACAUAUAUAGAGAUGGGAAAAUGGCUUAGGCUUAGAGUUUAAUAUUAUGUUUUAUGCUUAAAGGGACACUAUGGUCACCAAAAUAACUUUAGCUUAAUGAAGCAGUUAUGGUAUAUAGAUCAUGCAGUUUCACUGUAGUUCUCUGCUAUUUAGAUGUUAAAACGCUUUGUUUAUGCACCUUAGUAUUACCUCCCUGCAUGUGACUUGAGCAGCCUUCCAAAACACUUCCUGUAAACAGAGAUCUAAUGUUUUUUUCACUUGUUGCACAGUUUGUUUAAUUUAGAAUUUCUUAUCUCAUGUACUGUUAAUAACUUGCUAGACCUUUGCGUGAUUAAAGUUCAAUGUACAGAUCUGGAGAUAAAAAUGAUAAAUUAGGUUAACUGCUGAUUGGAAAAUGCAGGCUGUUUUCUCAUGCAGGCUGUGUCAGUCACAGCCAGGGGAGGUGUGGCUAGGGCUGCAUAAACAGAAACAAAAAUGAUUUAGAAUUGAGCACUGAGAAUUCAUGAUCUAUGCACCAAAACUGUUUGGCGACUAUACUGUCCCUUUAACUAAAAAAAAAAAAAAAGAAAUUUGGUGACGUAUUCAUUCCAGUUAUAGUAGGAUAGACAUGCAAGGGCAGGUGAAGGAAAAAGAUGGGUGCAUGGCCUGCUGCAGAUGGGCUAGAGGAGAUAUGCCAGAUUUAUUCUGUUAACUUGCCUGCUCAUUGAGCUUUCAACUUGCCAAUGGAAAACACAGAUGUCCAUUUAAAUUAUUAAACAUUAGUGGCAAGGCUGUAAAAAAAAAAAAAAAAUGCUUUAAAAUAGAUUUAACUUCUAUAUAAGCAAAUUAUUUUCAGGAGACCCGGUGAGCAUAUAUCUCAUGUCCUUCUAGCCUAGGGACGCUGUUGAUGGGUAUAAAAAAAAAAAAAUUUUGCUAAUUCAGUGAAGGAAUAAUACUUGGAUAUAAGACAGUCACAUUUACCAACUGUCCGUAUAUUUGUUUACAUACUUUGGUAUAUUACAGUUUAUAGACAAUUAUGACAGAUAUCCUUUGAAACCUUUUCAUCCCUGGACGUUGAACAUGGAAAAAGUUUUCUAAAUAAAAAUUAUCUCCAAAUAUCUAAAACCGUUUAAAGGGAGCUUUUGCUAUAAUUAACUGAUCCAUUGAUUCUCCAAAGUCUGCACCAAAACACAAACUGGUUAACUAUUGGCAUUCGGAAUCAAAUUUUACUUUACUCUGUGUUUUUUUCCUUGCUACUUAAAUGAAUUUCUCAGUACUGUGAAAAGAGAUUCUUGGUUUCAAAGUGCCAUCUACUGGCAAAGAAUAAUAGCAUAUUUUGUAAUGCUAUUUUGGCAGAGUGUAAUAUUUAUUCAUUUAGGUAGUUACUUAUUUCUCUAUCUUUUUCUCUCUUUUUAUUUUUUUAGUUUUAGUUUUUUGAAGUUUUAUCAGCGUUUGUAUAAAUUAAAUGUGAUGCAAACUACUAAUCUGAAUUAAAUAAAUAGGAAUACGUGUUCUGGGUACAUGCACACUUAUUUUAACAGGGAGGGUGUCUCUUUUUACAUAAAACUUAUCCUGGUCCCGAGCUGCUGUGUAAGUACUGCAGAUUUACAGUAACUGAUGUCUUUUGUAUCAAUGAUUUUGUUUUCUAGCUAUAAAGGGUUAUUCGCUAAAGUGUAUUUAAAGAGAAUUUCAAAUUUAAGGCCAGAGUAGCCACACUGAAAACAUAGGUGACUUAGAGAAUUUUUCCAGUUUGGCUAUUUUGACUUUAAAUUUCACAUUCACUUUGAAUUGACCUGGAAUUUUUACUUGAGCGAAUAUCCCUGAUCGUUUUAGUCUAGAUGUCACCAUCAUAUUUUGUAACUUUUUUUCCUUUUCCUUUACAUUACAGAGAGUUCCAUAAGCAUUCUGAAGCGAUCAUAAAGGAUAUAUUGGUCCCAAAUCUCAAAUGGAAUGCUGGCAGGACAGCGGGAGCCAUUCGAACCAUUGUUGUGUCCUGUUUGUGGGUUCUCCUACAGAGUGAGGUCCUGUCGGAACAAGAGGUACAGAAAUACAUCAAUUGGGUUUCCCUUGUCUUAUUUCUCCAUCAUUUACUGUAACACACACGUUGUGACUGUGCCUUUUGAAUGUAUGUUGUUUGUUCUUCGACUAGGAAUAAAUAGUAAUUUAUUUUUUUCUCUGUUUUGUAUCUUGCUUUAUUCGUUCUGUCUCUUUCACAUGCACAUCCUUCUUCAUGCAAAAGAGACACUCAGGGAAGCAAUGCUUUGAACAGCUUAAAAUAUGAAAACGAAUAUUUUUAUUUGAACGUUGUUUCUUCGUUGUUGCUAUUUUAAUUUGGUGUGUUUCUUAAUAGUUUUGUUUUGCUUUAGUUUGCAUUUAGGAUUAUGCCAUUCAUAUUUCCCUUUAGCACUGGCUUGGUUUGUGGUUUGUUAUUGUUUAUACGAUAUGGUAUUGUGUAGGAAUUGUACAUUUGAUCUUAACAUUUUAUUUAUUUUUUAUAUAGUUGAGGACCUUUUAUGUGGUAUUCCUUGUUGAAAAGCUCACUGCCUUUCACAUGUCUUGAGUUGUUACCAAUUAUAACAAAACCUCUUUUCUUCCUCAAGGGCUAAAUAGCUUCUAAAGCGCUGGGUGGCCAGCCUAUUCUAAUUGGCCUGAGUCACUCUAUUAUCCCAGUCAGUAUGAAGUAUAGCUCAUUGUUUGAUAGAAUAGAUUUCUUUAAAUAAAACAUGUUACUGUUCUACAGACAUUUUAAUUAGUUGUUGUUCCUAAUAAUCCCAUAAAUAUGUCCGGCAAGGGUUUUCCAUUUAGUUAGGAUCUUUCCUGGUCAGAUUCUGCUUUCCAAUCUCCUCCUUUGCAGUUUAACAGAGAACAAAAUAUAUACCUACCGUAUCGUCGGUCUCGGCACACCACAACCGACUUGCUCCCUUUAUACUAUCCUACGCUUAUGCUGGAACCUUGCUCCAUAUACGGCUAUUUGCCCCUUACACAAGUAUUAAGGCCGUUUGGCCUGUAUUUGUGGGAGGGGCUUAAAUUAAUUCACUACCCUAUAUAAGGGACACCCCUUACCUGACUCCAUAUCGCUUGAGGUCAGCAUCAGAAUGGCCCUCCCACCCACUCCGCAUUUCAACACUUUCUCUUUUCUUUCCAUUUACUUUACUUUCUUACUCCUUGGUGGGUCCUCUUUAUUUACAGGCCUACCGUAUCGUUGGUCUCGGCACACCACAACGGACUUGCUUCCUUUAUACUAUCCUACGCUUAUGCUGGAACCUUACUCCAUAUACUGCUAUUUGCCUCUUACACAAAAAAUAUAUAUAUAUUGCAGAUCUUGUACAGCGCUGCAGAAUCUGUUGGUGCUUUAUAAAUAAUAUUAAUGUGUGCAGUGGCGAGUCAAUUUCAAUUGAGUAACGUCAGCUUACAUGGGUUCCAUGUCUCUUAUGGAUAAAUUCUAUCUUAUUGGAAGUACUAGAUAGUUUCAGCAAGAUACCCUGCAAUAUAACUUAAUGUAAUCAUUCACACAGUGCAGUGACUCUAUGGUUUUAAUGUCCUCUCCAUUUUUCUACAGAUUUUUCAAGUAGAAGAUGUUUUGGUGCCUCAGGUGAUUACCACACUGGAGGAAGACUCCAAGACUAGUCGACUGAUGUCCUGUCGCAUUAUCCAUACUCUUCUCAAAGUCUGUGUUCAACGGCUGGAUCCAGAUAGACUAAACAAAAUAUACCCCGGUAAAUUAUAUUGUGCUCUGCAAUCCGCUUCAGAAUUGUGGCAUUCGAGAAAGAAAAUAUUUCGAUAGGGCAUCUAAUACAUCUGCAUCUAUACUGCAGAUUAUAAAAGAAAUGUACAGUGUGUGGUUUUAUUUUUCAGGCUGCGUAAUCUAAGAUGGGGCAUGUUGUUGCUUAUACAUAUAUCGUGUCUCUGUUACCAUCUCUGAUCAGGCAAUAAACGUCUCUCUCUGCUUCAACUGCAAGAGAUGUUUGUACAGGGGCUCUUUGGAUACCCCUGCACAGUCAGAAUUUUUCAAUUUGAAGCAUGGCAUCUCUUGUGCAGGAAAUACAAUGCCACGUAUAUUUAACAUCUUUAGGGCAGAGGUGAAUCAUUUUAUAUAAUGAUGUGCAUGACAUUUUAUUGCAGUCUGGUUGUGUGCUUUUGUGUGUUUUUGUUUUUGAAAAAAAAACAACAAUCAGUCGCAUGAAAAAUUUAACCCUUCAUCAGUUUAAAUACUUUGUUGGGGUAACAUGACUGACUUUGUAUGAUUUAUUUGUCCACAUUAAGAUGCAUCUGUUGAAAGAAGACACUUCCUUUUAGCCUGUUUGACCUGUAUAUCUCUUACUGCCAUAAGUGUAAAUUGAAAGAUCUUUCUCUAUAGCUACAUGCUCCUACCCAAGGUUUUGCAAAAACAUACCAUGAUUUUAAUGGUGCUGCUGCACUCUAGGAAUUGAUGGGUAUUUGCGUACAUUAUUCGGGUCAGCUGUAGCUCUACACAUCGGUACAGUCAAUUUCUGGAGUCAACUAUGGUUGAGGAGGCAAUCGAUGGAGCUUACUUUUGCUCAACUGGCUGUCGCUGGAAGCCAGACGCACCCUUCAUCUUUCCAGCCUUGUGUUAAUAGCUUUUCGGGGAAGCUCCCACCCUACAUGAGCAGAAUGCUCUCCUCUCCUGUUCCCACCUCCUGUAACCUCCGAUCCAGUACCAGCACUUUAUUUAGUCUACCUCAAUACAAAAAGAAAGUGCUCCGAUCCUCCUUUUCCUACAGAGCACAGCAAUUAUGGAAUGACCUCCGCACACUUUCAAAUCUUCCCCAAGCCUAAAGUCCUUUAAGAGAUCCCUCUCUUCAUACCUCAAAACAGAAUGCACCUGUCAUGGUUGAUUAUAUAUUUCUUACCUGUUCUAUGUUAAAUUUUGUAUAUAUUAUGUAUUACUAUUGUUUUUGUAUUUUAUUGUACCCUAAUGUAUCAAUGCAAUGUUUUGUGGACCCAGGACAUACUUGAAAACGAGAGAAAUCUCAAUGUAUCCAUCCUGGUAAAAUAUUUUAUAAAUAAAAUAAAAUAAAUCUUAAUAGAACUGCUUUUUAUGUAUUAAUGUGUCUGUCGUUUGUUUUCCAGAGCUUUUAAAACGACUUGACGAUGCCUCUGAUGAAGUCAGAGUAACUGCUGCUAAAACCUUAUCUCUCUGGUUUAAAUGCAUCAACAAUGACUACGACAUUUCAACAUUUAAGGGUCAUCUAGAAUUUCUAUACAGAGGUCUUUUAGUUCACCUUGAUGAUCCGGAUAACUGCAUCCAGUCAACAGUAUUAGGUAGGAUAUAUUUAUCUGUCAGAUUGUAAUAUUUGACCUGUAGUUCUGUUAGUAUGUCUAACUAUCAUCAUAUGAACAUUGUAUUUUCUUUAUGCGCCCCAGCCUUGGCAUCAAUAAUGCAUUUGCUCAGAUAAUACAUUUUUAAAUAAUAGCUGUCCGUUUUUUCUUCCUUGGAGAUGCUAUUGGUUAUAUUAAUUUGUAAAUUUUCAAGCAGAAGCACCAGUAAAAUCAGCUUCCCUCCACCAACAGAACCAAGUUCUAUGUACUGUCAUUUGUAUCUACAAAACAAUGGGAUUUUUCACUUUUGUUUGUUUAUGCAGCCUAAGCCACAUGUCUCUGGCUGUGACUGACACAUCAUGUAAGAAAAUGGUUUCCUUUUUUAAUCAGAUCCAAUUUAAAAGUUUUCAUCUCCUGCUGUGUAAUAUGAUUUUUAAUUACACACAAUAGGCUCCUGUAUGGUCUAGCAAUCUACUAGCAGAGCAGGGAAUAGGAAAUUCAGAAUUUGCAGUAAAGGAAGUGUAAACUUUAGAUAACUCGUUACAGGAAGUAUUUAGGAAGGCUGUGUAAGGGGUGGUGCGCAUAACGCUGCAUAAAAAAAGUGAUUUAACUCCUAAAUGGCAGAGAAUUGAGCAGUGAGACUUACAGAGGCAAUGUCGAUAGACCAAAACUGUUUGAUUAAAGCGGCAUUGUCAUGCCGAACUUACCUUUCCCCAAUUGAUUCCUCUUCUCUCCCUCUCUCAGGAUCUGUUCUUCUUUUCUUCCUGUCUGCUCUAGUUUUCUUUAAAACUUAAGGAAAAGUAGGGACUAUUUCUCUUCUGGAGGUUUCCUACGCGGUGACCAGUGGAGGAGCAAAGUGUGCUUCGUUUCCGGUGGUCACAGCAAUUUUCCCAUGAUCCUUAGCUUUCCUCCCUGUUCCCACGAUGCCUCCUGUCAGUAUUGCCGAACGUCCUGUCACUUAGGACCUGCGCGGUGGGUGGGGACCCAUAAAUUACAAUGGGGGGGGCCUACUGUCCUCCCUCCACCCCUGCGCGGUGGGUGGGUGAAAUAAAUUACAAUGGGGGGGGCCUACUGUCCUUCUGGCCCCACUCUUGAGCGGUGGGUGGGGGCCAUAAUGAGGAGGGGCGGCCUACUGUUUUCCCCCCACUGGCCCCACCCCUUGGUGGCGGGUGGGGGCCGUAAAGAUAAGGGGGGGGGACCUACUUUCCAGGGGUGGAGAAGGACAGUAGGUCCCUCCCCCCCCCCUCAUUAUCUUUAUGGCCCUCACCCACCGCUCAAGGGGGGGCCGAGGGGGUGGGGGAGGACAGUAGAACGUUCACCCCCCCAUAUUAUCUUUAUGGCCCCCACCCCGGGCCAGUACAGUAGGUUGCCCCCCCAUUGUAAUUUAUGGCCCCCACCCACCGUCCAGGGGUGGGGGCCAGGGGGAGGACAGUAGGUCCUCCCACCGCGCAGGGUUGGGGGCAAUAGGUUUUUAUUUUUUUUACAGUGAGCAGCCACUGGCAGUUUUGCAGUUUUGCCGGCGUCCUGUCUAAGUGACAGGACGUUCGGCAAUACUGACAGGAGGCAUCGUGGGAACAGGGAGGAAAGCUAAGGAUCAUGGGAAAAUUGCUGUGACCACUGAAAACGAAGCACACUUUGCUACUCCGCUGGUCAUGGCGUAGGAAACCUCCAGAAAUAGUCCCUACUUUGUCCUAAUUUUUAAAGAAAACUAGUGCAGACAGGAAGAAAUGAAGAACAGAUCCUGAGAGAGGGAGAGAAGAGGAAUCGAUUGGGGAAAGGUAGGUUCGGCAUUUUAAAUGGCGCCGCUUUAUGCUUAAGUUGUUUUGGUAAUUAUAGUGUCGCUUUAACGCUAUCCCAAAUGCUGCUGUUAUGUUAACGCAUCAGGGCAUAUGCAAGCUGUAAGUGGUGAGGCUUAACAGCAUAAUGCAGCUCACAGUUUGUAAGAUUAUGAAAUCUGCUACUGGGCAGCAUUAUAUUGCUCAGCCUUGCCACUUAUGGCUAGAAUAGUGCUUGUUGGUUAAAUAAUGAAUGGCCCUAUAAUCGCACGGUUUCGGGCAUUCAAACUGUGCUCAUCUGUUGGGGAGGCAGUUAUCAUUGAUACAUUUCAUUUUCUAAUUGAAGAUCAAGAUAUUCCAUGUCGCCUAUUUCUGCCUUAAAUUUUAAAUUCACUUGGAAUUCCAGACUCACUUUAAGGAAUAACUGUAAGAUAAAGAGAGUGGAAAUAAGAAAGACUGGUGAUAAAUAGAGAAAAAAGAGACAAAGAUAAAUUCGGGGGAACUAGAGGCUGAGAAAUGGGGCUAGUAAAAUGUAGAGAACCACUCUUGUGAAGAAAGAAAAGAGGUUGAGAAAUGGAAAGUAUGAAAAAAUACCGCAAGAGAAGGAAAAGAUACAUCGGAAAACCUAUUGGUGAAAAGAGUAAAAGCUCAAAGUCAAUAGCCACUUUUUAUUAGCCCCUCCAAAUUUUAGAUGUAGAAAAGGGGUUGGCAACCUACGGUAUGCAAAGCUUCCAGUCCACAUACAUGUACAUAACACCACAGACCGCAACACACACACACACACCUCAGAAAACCUGCGCAAUCAUCCUUAAUACAGCAGAACAUUCCAAAACACAUACAGUGCCUGCAUUCCUCCACUCAAAUACACACAUCUACACACCCCAAACCACCAUAUACACUUGCAGAACUCCAGACAUUCCAUACACAAUAUCUUAUACAGCACACAUAUACACACAAUAUCAUAUACACACAUAAAAUCUCACAAAGCAGCUGCAAAAUCCAUACAUAAUACAAGCAGAAUUCUCACAACAUAAUUAUAUGUUUCCUUAAAAAAAUAGGGUCGGUACCCUAAUAAUAAUAAUAGGGGAGGUUAGGAUUAUUGUGUUUAGGGUUAGAGUGGAUUUACAUUUCAUAUUUGGGUACAGGGGAAGUUAGGAUUAUUGUGUUUAGGGUUAGAGUGGGUUUAUAUUUCAUAUUUGGGUACAGGGGAGGUUAGGAUUAUUGUGUUUAGGGUUAGAGUGGGUUUAUAUUUCGUGUUUGGGUACAGGAGAGGUUAGGAUUAUUGUGUUUAGGGUUAGAGUGGGUUUACAUUUCAUAUUUGGGUACAGGGGAGGUUAGGAUUAUUGAGUUUAGGGUUAGAGUGGGUUUACAUUUCGUAUUUGGGUACAGGGGAGGUAAGGAUUAUUGUGUUUAGGGUUAGAGUGGGUUUACAUUUCGUAUUUGGGUACAGGGGAGGUUAGGAUUAUUGUGUUUAGGGUUAGAGUGGGUUUAUAUUUCAUAUUUGGGUACAGGGGAGGUUAGGAUUAUUGUGUUUAGGGUUAGAGUGGGUUUACAUUUCGUAUUUGGGUACAGGGGAGGUAAGGAUUAUUGUGUUUAGGGUUAGAUUGGGUUUACAUUUCGUAUUUAGGUACAGGGGAGGUUAGGAUUAUUGUGUUUAGGGUUAGAGUGGGUUUAUAUUUCAUAUUUGGGUACAGGAGAGGUGAGGAUUAUUGUGUUUAGGGUUAGAUUGGGUUUACAUUUCAUAUUUGGGUACAGGGGAGGUUAGGAUUAUUGUGUUUAGGGUUAGAUUGGGUUUACAUUUCGUAUUUGGGUACAGGGGAGGUUAGGAUUAUUGUGUUUAGGGUUAGAGUGGGUUUACAUGUCAUAUUUGGGUACAGGGGAGGUUAGGAUUAUUGUGUGUAGGGUUAGUGGGUUUACAUUUCGUAUUUGGGUACAGAGGAGGUUAGGAUUAUUGUGUUUAGGGUUAGAGUGGGUUUAUAUUUCAUAUUUGGGUACAGGGGAGGUUAGGAUUAUUGUGUUUAGGGUUAGAUUGGGUUUACAUUUCAUAUUUGGGUACAGGGGAGGUUAGGAUUAUUGUGUUUAGGGUUAGAUUGGGUUUACAUUUCGUAUUUGGGUACAGGGGAGGUUAGGAUUAUUGUGUUUAGGGUUAGAUUGGGUUUACAUUUCGUAUUUGGGUACAGGGGAGGUUAGGAUUAUUGUGUUUAGGGUUAGAGUGGGUUUACAUGUCAUAUUUGGGUACAGGGGAGGUAAGGAUUAUUGUGUGUAGGGUUAGUGGGUUUACAUUUCGUAUUUGGGUACAGAGGAGGUUAGGAUUAUUGAGUUUAGGGUUAGAUUGGGUUUACAUUUCGUAUUUGGGUACAGGGGAGGUUAGGAUUAUUGAGUUUAGGGUUAGAAUAGGUUUAAAUGUAGCAUUGGGGUACAUUGGUUUUUUGAGUAGUUAACCCUAGAAUUAAAGAGACACCCUGGGCACCAUUACAGCUUUAAUGCAUUUGAUAGGUUUUGACCUCAUUAAUAUGCUGUAUUAUUUACAUGCUAAAAUCUUUAUAGGUUUUCCAUAAGAUAAUUGUUUUGCAGAAUUCUGUGCUAUAAACCUGCGUAUUUAGCCACACUCACUCACUGCAGAAAAAUACCUCCUUAUCAAAGAUAUGCUCACAGCUCAGCUCAGAUACUGAAUGAUCUGAACCACAAAACUACCAAGGACACCCUGGGAGGCAUAUAGCAUGUCUUCUGCAGUCCACUCAGCCUCCUGUGAUUGAUAUUAGAGCUGCAGUGCUCACCUUGCUCCUUGUACAAAGCAAUUCCUGUGUGAGAGGUUACUAGUGGCCAGAUUAGAAAAAAACACACACACACCCCCUGUGCUUAUAUCCCUCCAACAGCCCUAUGGAGCUCCAAAAACGCACAUUAUAAGUGCUAAAUACAAAUGGCUGUAGGCAGGUGCUUACUCUGCCUGUGAGAAUUGUGUAAAGAACAUCCUCUUCACAAAAUUAAAUAUCUAUUAGUACAAUUGUCACUUCAAUUAUCUUUAGUGUUGUAUCUUCUUUGAUGUAAAAGCUAAACAAGCUCGUCUAAUGUACUUUCUGGGAAGCUGAACAUGACCUCUGUAUUUAGGUUUAGUCUGCUAAAUGCCAUGAAGAAACGCUGGCUGGCUAGUUGGUUGAAUGUUGAUAUCUACUUUAUUGCAUCUAGUUAUUCUCUCCUGGACCUUAGAUUUUUACUCUCUGUUAAUCUCUUAAUCCAUGAAUGUCCUUUUAAUAUCAAUAGUCUGAGCAUUUGCUUGUUCUAUGUAUUUAUUAAAAUCUGUACAGAGCAUUCUGAACUAUCUGUCUAUACUAUCCAGGUAUGAUUACUUUGAUUCCUUAAACUCUGUAGGCUUUUUUAUUUAUUUAUUUUAAAGGGGGGCCUAAAAGAACCUAAAAUCCGUGUCUAAUACUUUAAAUCUAUCAUGGUGUAUUAUUCAUUGAAGACAACAUUUUUACAUUGUAAAUUGGAUAAUGUGCAGAUCUUGGGGAAAGAGGUGUCACAGAAAUAGAAGUUAUAUUCUGUUAUUUUGGCCUAUAUUUGGCAGUUCAACAUUAAGUGGAUACUAUAAACAGCUAUUGACAAACGUUUAUUCACCAUUUGGUGAAAUUACCACUUGUCAACACUAGGUGACAGCAUAUUACAUGUCUUGGAGUUCAUAAUGUAGAAAAACUGUGAUCAAAACAUAUGGUCUUACAAACAUGAAUGAAUGAUGCCUUAGUUUGACUAUUUUAUUUUUAGGGAAUUCACCUUUCCAAAUACAAUCCUGCAGUUCCUUUGGUAUCUUGCAUUGGAAGUUUAGUCUGUCUGAUUGCCUUGCAAUGACAGGUCUUGUAAGUGCUUCUGACAUCAGUUUUUUAAUUAUUAUUAAGUAAUGUGUCAAACCAAGCCUGUUUAACUCUUGUGAAUGAUACAACCUGUAUCGUUUCAUCCUUGACUUCUGCUGCAGUUCUACUCCUUUGUGUAUGCAAAGAAAGCAGUUUAGAGAUAGGUUACCUGUUUUAAGAUUAUUAAUGUGGACUGGCACUGUUUAACCCCUUAAGGACACAUGAUGGAAAUAUUCCGUCAUGACUCCCUUUUAUUUCUAAAACUGUGUCCUUAAGGGGUUAAAUCAAGUUCAGUAUUAUAAUGUUUCAAAGUCAAACACUAUUUUUGAACAUUACAGGCUCAGGAAUACAAGUUUCUAUUCCUUUCUUAUUCAGCUACCCUGCUGCUGAAUACUUGGUUGCUAAUAAAAGCAAUUCUUUUAUCCAUACCUUGAAGUACAGGGGUGCCCAAAAGGUCGAUUCCCAGAUGUUUUAAAACUGCAACUUCCACGAUGCCAUGUCAUUCUUAAGGAUUGCAAAGCAUCAUGGGAGUUAUAGUUCUACAUCUGGGGAUUUCUCUUUUGGCACACCUGUUGUAGUAGAGAAGGGAGAUCUGUCUUGUAUAUUGUAUAUAACAAAGCACUGAUUUAGGGAUUUCAUCUGAGCAUUUACAUAAAGAGAAAUAAUGUAUAACUGGUGUUUAAAUCUGGAUCCCAAAGAACUUUGUGUAUCUUGGACAUUUUAAAGGUGUAUCUCCCAUUUAACGUGGCAUUGAUCUCUCUGUUCUAUUAACUUGUAGUGGAGCCUGCUGCUCAUCCAGUGAAACAUUUUCUUUGUUUAUUCUUACUGUGCCAUAUAAUGUGUUUGUGUUGGACAUCAGCAAAGCCCCAGCUGCUCCCGAAUUUCAUGGGUCUAAUCUAAAAAAGAAAGUGUCUGUUAAGACAUUAACUCUGUCAACAUAUCACGAUGUACUUUUGCACCAGUAAUUCCGUUCCCAUGUUGCCAUGAGACACAUAUUAAAAUAUGGAAAAGUACAUUUAAGUAUUUGACAGGUAUAUCAAGGGGUCUAGAUGUUAUUUCCCCCAAAUUAAAGGUACACUUCAGAUACAUAAAGCACUUCAACUCGCUUGCUUGCUGAAGUGUUUGUGUCUGGAGUCACCGAAACGCGUCUCCAGCUGUAUUCAGAAAGCCAGGUAUGUUUCACAGCGCUAAUAGAAGUGGCAGGCAAGCUGGGCUAGCGGUGCGCUUGCCCUUCCUCCCUUCUCUAUGAACUGUAUUACAUAGGAUAGCUGCAAUUGCGUGCCAGUGUGCACACACAGAAGCUUCUCAAUGAAAGAGGGGCGGCUUGCAAAGGCUGCAUACAACAGGUCUGCUGCUUUCGGAAGUUGUUUUAUUGGGGGUACUAAAUUGUUUUUUUAAAUUCUUUAUUUUUGCAGUGCGUAUAGUGGUUACAGGUAUACAUAUGGUACCCCAACGGCAUUCCAUAUGCUGGUGUCAAGACAUUAGUUACAGUGGGGGGUAGGCAGACAAUGCACUUUUUCCUUUUAUACAUAUUACGUAAUGAUAACAAGCUAAUAGGUGUUGCUGAAUGGUAUAACGUGUUAGAUUAAGAUUUCGUUUAGCUCAACUAUUUGCACAUCAGAUUGUAGUUAUGUUGCCAUGACAGUAAUUCAAGACAUAGAGGUCAACGAGUAGCAGUAAUAAUAGGAUUAAAAAAAAAAAAACUAGUUAAGAUUAAUAAACAUGUUGCUUAAAGUUUUAUACUGUACUGAGUAUACAGGCUGCGCUUAAGAAGCUAUUGCCUAACAGUUAAGAAGCUACAGCAUAAAUGGGUUGUAUUGUAGGUACACAGUGGUAAGGUUAAUUAUUUACAUGCUAGAUCAGGAUUGUUAUGGUAAAGACUAUGGUAGUUUUGCUAUAAGGUUCUGGUACCAGAUGUCAUAGCGUCCUUUAAUGGCCGUCAACCCUGCCGCUUGGAGGCUUUGGGGGUGAGUCUUUUUCGUUGUUAAUCCCUGUGUCUUGUCUUGUCACCUCAGGGCCCAGGCUUUGAGGUUGCUGCUGAGUUGUCCGCUGCGUGCGCCGUGGUCUUGCAGUUCCCAGAGCUCGGACUGUGGUGCCGUGUCGGCCCCUCCGCCGGCCACACUCCAUCAUCAGGGCCCCUGUACUGUUGCCUCUGCUCUGAUCAUUGAAGGCUCUGCAAGUGCGGUCUCGGGCGGCUGUCAGGUGAGGGUUAGAGGUUCGGGCCCUCUGUGUCCAGGCCAAGUCUCUUUGAUGGAAGGGACGGCUGGUGCUCUUGCUGUAGCGUUGCCGCCAACGGCGGUGGAUUCUCAGCCUCCGUUGCCUAUAUCGGGGUAGUAUGCCCCUGGUGGCUUUGGGCCUUGUCUGGUCCGUUUGCGCUGUGUCAGGCAUUUGAUGUGGGAGUUUGCCUUGAGGUGGCCCGCUCACCUCCCGCUUCUCUUUGCUGUGCUCUUGGUUCUGACGCGGUGUCUCCAUGGCACGGGCCUCUAACUUUGCCCAGAAGUUUGUAAAGAGCCUGUCGACGUUGUGGAGCAAGCGCUCAAAUGUGCUCUGGAGUGACAUCGCAACUUGUUCUGUGUCAGGAGCUUGUGUGUCUGGAGAGUCCGCCAUUUUAAGUUUGACGGUUGCUGCUUAAUCUUGUCGCUUGAUGGCUUCUUGUAGCCGGCUUGUUGGUGCUGGGUAUGUCAGGAGGGGGACCGGGAUGACCCCCACCGGUCCAGAGGGGGGGGGGACAGCUUGGUGCUAUGUGCACUCCGCCGGGAAUAGGGCUCAGAGAGCGUCCGCCUCUCCUCUGCCCACGCUUGUGUAGGCCGCAAGCCUGAACGGCAGCGUUUCAGUGCCAAAACGGUUGGAUUUUGGUAUCACUGGAUGCACCGUCGUUCCCUUAUCUGGGAAGUCGUCGGUGGCUGGUCGGUUUGGCGAGUGGCCCCGGUAUUCCGUCGUUUAUCGAUCCCAGUCUGUGGAGCUCAGGCGAUGCGUGUCUGAUCAGCUCUGCAUCCAGGCUCCGCCCCCGGGGGUACUAAAUUGUUAAAGGAUCACUAUAGGGUCAUAUUCCUUACCCUAUAGUGUUAACACCACCAUCUAGCCCCCUGGGCCCCUCAUGCCUCCAUAAAUAUAGCAAAAUCUUACUGUAUUCAAGCCUGAAGCUGUAGAUCUGCAUGCUGUUAGACUCAGAAAAACAAGCAGUCUCUUGACAUCAUUAGAAGUGGUGGCCUGAUCCAAUCCCAGUGCUUCCCUAUAGGAUUGGCUGAGACUGUAAAGGAGGCAGAUCAGGGGCAGAGUCAGCACAAUUCAAACACUGCCCUGGCAAAUCAUAAUCUCCUCAUAGAAAUGAAUUGAAUCAAUGAAUCUCUAUGAGGAAAGUUCAGUGUCUGCAUGCAGAGGGAGGAGAUACUAAACGUUUGGAUGUAUUUUAGGCAGCCAUGACCCAGGAAGUAGGGAUCGACCGAUUAUCGGUUUUACCGAUAUUUGGUAUUUUCGGCAAUAUCGGUAUCGGCCAAUAUAGAUACCGAUAUUGCCGAUAAUACCUCCUAUGACCGCCAGGCUCAUUAUAAGCCCAGCGGUCCUGGGGGGGGGGGGGGGGCCGCAGGUAGCGUUUACUUACCUCCCCUGCAGCUCCUCCAGCUCCCAGUGUAAGUCUCGCGAGACCCAUGGCAACGCUCUGCGCGGCACUAAGGGCCGCGAGAUUUACACUGGGAGCUGGAGGAGCUGCAGGGGAGGUAAGUAAACGCUACCUGUGGCCCCUCCAAGCUCAGCCAAUGCCACUGGACCACCAGGGACUGUCAUAUUCCCUGACCAGGUAACAAGCAGGGAGGGGGGAACAACAAAAAUAAUAAAACAUAAAUAUUAAAAAUAAGCAUAAAAAAAUAAACAUAAAUAUAAAAAAUUUAAAAUAAACAAAUAUUAAAAAUUAAAAUAAACAUAAAUAUUAAAAAAUGAAAUAAAAAAAAUGCCUCCCCCCUCCUCAUUUUACACAAAUCACAUCCCUUCAGGAACACACACACACACACACACACACACACACACACACACACACACACACACUAUAUAACGCAGAGUGUGUCUAUAUAAUACAGUGUGUGUGUCUAUAUAAUACAGUGUGUGUGUUUAAUGCACACACUGCAUUAUAUAUACACACACACACUACAAACACUGCAUCAUAUAUAUACACAGACACACUACAUUCAUUCAUAUACACACACUAUACAAAAACACUGCAUUCACUACACGCACACUACACACACUGUGUUCGCUAUACACACACUAAACACUGCAUUCACUUUACACACACACACACACUGCAUUUCCUUUAUACACCACACACUACACAAACACACACUCUGCAUUCAUUAUAUACACACUACACAGUCACUGCAUUAACUAUACACACUACACAAACACACCCUGCAUUCAUUAUAUAUACACUACACAAAUAUACACAGCUCCACUGUCUAAACACACUGCAUCCAGUGCAUGUGGCUUUUAUAUUUUGUGCAUUUACCUUUUAGAAAUAGUUUAUUUUUUCAAAAUGGUAAAUGUACAGAAUAUCGGCAAGUUAUCGGCUAUCGGCCUGAAAGUCAACAGAUUAUCGGUAUCGGUAUCUGCUCUAAAAAAUCAAUAUCGGUCUAUCCCUACCAGGAAGGAUCUCUAACAGCCAUCUGAGGAGUGGCCAGUGAAGUUAUCACUAGGCUGUAAUCUAAACACUGCAUUUUCUCUGAAAAGACAGUGUUUACAGCAAAAAGCCUGAAGGGAAUGAUUCUACUCAACAGAUCAAAUUCAAUAAGCUGUAGUUGUUCUGGUGACUAUAGUGCCCCUUUAAAUUAAAAAAUAUUCAGUGGUGUGUUCCUUUAACACUAUUCAUUUUAUUGACAUCUGAAAAGAUUAAAGGCUGAAUUUAACUUGUGAUUUUUGAAUGUUUUCUCAUCCACCAAGCUAGCUCUGUGUAUGACAAGCAUAUAGGGAGGGACUUAUUCACUAAACACUUGUUGUAGAGAACUGAAUCCUGAAUUUCAGGAUUUAGACUAAAAUAGUCAACUUGUGAUUUGAAUAAAAUUAGAGAUUUUUUUUUUCCGUAUCUACUUUUUUUCCUGCCUAUAUUUUGCAGCUCGGUAUAUCGUUUGUUCCAAUUUGGUUUUUAGUUAAUACAUAUCAAGUAGGCCACAUUUUCCCCAAAUUAAUGCAUGUGGAUCUAAGAAGUCAGGCUCAAUCUCAUUAUUUCAUUUUUGUAGAAUAAUAAAACUAAGCAUUGUAGUUUUUAUAGGGCACAAAAGAACAAUUUGCUGAAAAAGAGUUCUAUAUUAAUUACUGGCUCAAGAUUAUUUUAGACACCCAUAAGCACUUUCCCGGAAAGUGACUGUGCUUCACACGCAAAGCAAUACCAAAUAUGCAUUUCUUUUGUUUUCUCUUACAGACGUUUUGAAGACUGGAAGCUUUCUUUACCCAUCCUUGUUAGCCCAAGAAAUUGAAGCCGUUCGGCAUAAACACAGAACACCAGCAUACUGUGAUCAACUUCUACGUCAUAUUGAAGAGCUUAAGAUCCGUGAGCCAUCAGCAGCCACGUAACAGCUAUUUUUAAAGUUAUGGAGACAGUCACAAGGGGAAAAAAAAACAUACUGUUGCAACAAUGUAUUUUAAGAA